CUCAGCCAGAGAUUGGCACGAAGGAAUCUCGUUCCCCUCAGCCGGUGGGUUGGGUCGGCUGGGGCGGACAGGUGCAGGAAGGGAAAGAAGAGCCUCUGUAACCAGAGGAGGAGACGCGCGGGCUGCCCUCGGAGAUCCCUCCUCCCUGGAGAGACAGCGGGUGUGGGUGUUGCGUUUGCGGGGAAAGAGAGAGAGUGUGAAUGAAAAGGGAGAAGACAAGCGGGCUCGGUGCCUGGAAAGGAAGGCGGGAGAGGAGGGCGAAGAAAGGUGGGACGAGGAGACUGAGGAGGUGACUGUGGGGAGACAGAGCGCGCGGGAAGGGCCUGGACCGGCCACCCGAAGGAGAAGCGCGAAGGAGGGCGCUGAGGCAGAAGAAGGUGGCUCCUGGGCUCAGGGAAGGCGGCGCGUCACAGGGCGAAGAGGCUCUCUGCGCCGCCGGGGACCUUACCGUCAGGGCAGCUGAGGGAGCAGACCAGCCCCGUAGUAGUUCCCCGGACCUAGCGAGGGAGGGGCGACGACCGCAGCAGAAGUUGAAUUUGGGCGGCCCCGCGGCGGUGUGAGGCGAGGCCACCCCGGCGACGCUGUUCCCGCCCGGCCGCGGGGAGGCGGCGGAACGAGAAGCGGCGGCGGCGGCGGGAGCAGCAGCAUGGUCUUCCCCGGCGGCUUCGCCUGAGGCGGGAUGAGGAGCCGCCCGUCGCAGCUGGGCAAGGUGCUGAGGAGGAGGUUCCGCCUCGUGCUGGUCUUCGGGGUGCUGGCCGUGGCGCUGUGCGCAGCCUACCUGGAGCUGGUGGUCUUGGCCGACGGCGGGGGACACCCCUUGAACCGCAGUAAGUGGAAAGGGGGUCGUUGGGGCUUAGGAUUCCCACGCGAAGACUUCAGCCGAGUUUAAAGAUCUUAGGAAACAGGCGGGCGUAACCGAGGCGAGAGUGUCUCUGAGCGUGUGCAGAGAGCCUUAUCCCGCUCCUGGGGCUCGGGGGUUCCACUGGGGAUUAGGGAGAAGGGAACGCGGCUUCCCAAGCAGAUUCGGACUCAAGUGCUUCCAUCCAUUUCUUUUAGAACAGAGCCACAGUGUCUGGUCUGAUGGGGCGCAGAGGGAGACAGGUGAGCGUCGGGGAGCAAGGCAGACCACGCAGCUUCUGCCGACCUCACAAUGCUGCUCACUCUGAGGCAGAUAUCCUGCACGCGCCAGAGCUGCUGCUAGUGAGUUGGUUAAGGGCUGAGAGGUUUCCUGAUCUAGAACCUAAAGGCCUAGACUCAUAGGAUGAGAGGGUCAGGAGGGAAGCUCACCUCAGCUGUUAUCCCAGGUAGAAAUGGCUGGCUACCUGGAGUGCUCAUUCCAGAGAGGGAGUCCUUCACGCUCCCUGACUCAAUAGAAAGGAAGCCCAUCCUACUGCUCUUCUAGCCGGAGAGAAAAACCAUAAGCAGGGGCGUUCUUAAGGGUUGGCCGCAUGGCGCCUCUUCCCCCAUGUGCUCCCUGGGCUACUCCUCCACUCUUUGGGCUUUGGAGGAAGCCACUGGUGGGGUGUGAAAGGCAACAAAAAGCAAACUUUUUGAGUUUCUGGUCCAUGGUCUGGGGGCAGGGGGUGCCAAUACAUCUCCAUGCCAAAGGCGCAAGGGAUGGGAGGGCACCAUCCAGGUCCUUGCCAAGGGAGCCAAGGUAUGCCUCUGACCAUAAGGAAAAACCGUAGGGGAAGGUCCAUGGUCAGUGUUAGAGUAUCUAUGGUACUUUCAUAGAAUCAUAGAGUUGGAAGGGAUCCUGAGGAUCAUCUAGUCCAACCCUCCAAUGCAGGAAUAUGCAGCUGUCCCAUACUGGGAUCGAACCUGCAACCUUGGCAUUAUCAGUGCCACACUCUAACCAACUGCUAUCCAUGCUCAGGCUUUGGAUGCAGAAGGUCCCAGGUUCAUUCCUCCAACAGGGCUGGGACUGUCCUCUGCCUGCAACCCUGGAGAGCCGCUGCCAGGCAGUGUGGACAGUACUGAACUCGAUGGACCACUGGUCUUACUCAGUCUAAGGGUUAGGGUUAAGCUCUGGAUGUCUUAACCAAGCCACUAUCUCUCGACCUCUGCCCUCAGUAUCUGUAAUAGUGUGUUAAUAGUACAGACCAGUCCUAUAGAGUUCUUGUAAGGGUUGAGGCAAAGGCUGUGUUCACAUUACUGGCUAAAAAUGCAGCUAAGUUGUUCAUUUCCUCAGUUUUGACCCAGCUUGUUAUUUUUCUAAGAAAUGACAGCAUUGGUAGCAGGAUAGAUAUGGAUUGUGGCUAAUGCCGUGUGCACACCGCUUCCCAAACAAGCGUUGGAUGCAGAGUAAAUAGGAGUGUGUACACAGCCAAUGUAUGUAAAAUAUUGAGCUCAGUAAGUACGUAAAUACUAGCUUUAUUAUAUGUGCUGGAACAUUGCCUUUAGUCCCCGGACUAACCCAUUUGGACAGGACUUGCAAAAUUAAGGCUGAAAACCCUAUGCCCACUUAUCUGGGAGUAAACCCCUUUGAAUUCAGCAGGACUCCUGAGUAGAACAUGUGUAGGAUUGCGCUGUAAAUUUAAAGAUAUCCUUGGGGUUAAAAUGCACCUUUGGUGAAUCUUUCUCCAAAGAAGCUGCCUGGAAAUCAUGGCUAGAGAGCAUGCAAUUAAAGACGCAUCGAAGACAUGGAGAACUGUAGCCAAAAACGUUUUGACUCUGCCCAAGGUUGGAGUUUUCUUCUUGGGAGCCAAAUGUUCCUUUGGCUAAGGCUAAGCCUUCCUCCAGAAAGGGGCUGUAAUUAAAACCUGCCAACUGAAGACAAGAGAUGAAUCCUUUCUCAUCAGGCAGUGUGAAAUUAGUAGGUCCGGAAGAGGCACAUGUUGACAGUUUAGCCAUAGGAUAUAGCAGAGCAUGCAGGAAUGGUGAUUACGAUUUCAAAAUCGUCCCACACCACUCAGGACAACUAGAAGGAUUUAGUUACAGCUGGAAUUGAAAUGGGAGCAUCCUAUCUCCAAAGUAGGGGGAAAUAGAUGGUAAUUUGCACCUCUUUCUUUUUCUCACAUGCGCAUCUAGAAAUGUGGGUGUACUCAAAUCUGACAGAAUAUAGUUGAUUGAUUCAUGUUUGGUUAUUUCAUUUCUAUGCCGCUGAAUAUAUUAACAGUAUGAGAGUUGCACAGAAAACCGAAGCAGCAACAGAGAGCUUAGAGAGAAAGUAUUGCAAAAAUACAGUUACAUAUAAAAACAUUACAUUAAUACAAAGUAACUAGUGUGUGUGUGUGUGUGUGUGUGUGUGUGUGUGUGUGUGUGUGUGUGUGUUUUAAAGUUGCUUCAUCCUUUCACACAGCCGCCCCUUUUCAUGCAUUGCAACCCUUUUAAAAAUAGCAAAGCUACUAUCGUAAAACACUAGGGAGUAAGCCCAUUGGACACAGUGGGACUUAUUUCUGGGCAACUAAUUAUGUGUAGGAUUGUUCUGCGCAGCUGAACCUGGACAAAUUUAUUUUCUCCAUUGAAACAAGGUUGUCUGAAGGCCAUAAAGAGGGCACCAUAAAUUUGAUAGAUUCUGCUGCCUCCGGUGCACUUCAGACUAUCUGCCAAAACCAGCUUGCUAGAAAUCUGGUUAUAAUGUAAAUUCAUCAUCCUUUAGACUUAGUCACAUGGCCUAAGGUGGAUCCUAAUGACAGUUUUCCUGGGUUUUUUCAAUCUUCAUCAUGAAGAGGAAGAAAAAAUGGUGGUGGCUUAAUCGGAGCUUGUCCAUACUGUUAUUUAAUGUGGGCCUUCCUUCUAUUACCACGUUUUUCUGUCUAUAAGAUGCCCCCAUGUAUAAAACACCCCCUAUUUUUGGGGACUCCAAUUUAAGAAAACGGGGGGAGAUACUAUCCGUGUAUAAGAUGAGCCCGGAUUUUGAACAUUAUUUUAGAGUAAAAAAAAAACAUAGUCUUAUACAUGGAAAAGUAUGGUAAUUCUCUGUUAGAUGUUCUCCUCCAAACCAUUGCAUUCUUACACUUUCACUUCCUUCAGUCUGGAUUUUCUCAUACCAGGGAUACUCUGGAAAGGAGAGGGUAGGACCAUCUGGAUUGAGGGAGGGGGAAAUGUGGGAAGGCAGAGAUUUGGAAAAGAACAUUGUAUGGACAGUGGAGAAUUAAUGGAGGUACAGGAAGCUUUUUGUCCACAUUAAACAACAAUAUGGAUGAGAGCUCAGUGAUCCUGAGUUGAAACGUCAGAUACUGAAUUGCUCUAAUGAAUGGUUCACAGUGUAUUUAUAUCGUAGGCCAACUCCACAUUGCAAAAGUGGGUUGACUGAAUGUGGAUUAAUAUGUGGAUUGAUCACAAUAUGUUUCAUAAACCAGUAAUUCAAAUCAUGAACCAUGUACCUUUCAUUCAGUGUUGCUUGAUAAAGUUCUCUUACAAUGGGGGGAAACUGGUGGACACAAUUAACCCUUUUGCAUCUGAUAAAGCAGACUGUAGUCCACAAAAGCCUAAACUGGUAAUAAAUUUGCAAAAAGGUGCUCCCAGCUACCCUUUUGGCAAUUUUACGUUUUUUGCACAGCUGUCAGCUUGUCUACCAGUUAAAACGAGAGCCAGUGUGGUGUAGUGGUUAAGAACGGUGGACUCGUAAUCUGGUGAACCAAGUUCUCAUCCUGAUGCAUCCUGAGGAAGGGAAAGGAGAUUGUGAGUCGCUUUGAGACUCCUUAGGGUUGUGAUCAAGCAGGAUAUCAAAUCCAAAAUCAAAAUCCAUGAGAUUAUACUAUUGGUUGUGGCAUAAGAAGAGUGUGUGCUGUAUUUAUUUACAUAUUCACAUUGUGUGGCAGCAGAUAACCUUGUUGCAUUUACAUCAAAGGUUAGCAGCGAACUGUAGCUCAGUAGCACGUGAGAAACGUAUUACCAAUUAUCUAAUCCAAAAAAGAAGGUGAAGGAGAUUGAGGUUCUCCAAACAUUUGAAUACUGCACUGAUUGUGCCUUGGUGAGAAUGGGUUCGAGGAUUAGUAUUUCAAGCUCUAUUAGGGUUAUAUAAGGGCAAACCAUGAUGGCUUAAAGAAAAUUACAACCAAAUAUAUUUUGGGAAAUGUACACUUUUAAAUUGCAAUAUGUUAUCCUCUAGGUACUUGACAAAAACUAGAGGAAAAUUAACUUGUGUGUUUAGUUUAUGAUUGAGAGGGGGGUUUUUUAGUGGCUUGUGGAGGUAAACUUUGAGACUGCCAGUGCUACCCUACUACCAAUAAAAAAAUCUAUUUUGAGUUGUAGUAAUGAAAAAUAAAUACUUUUUAUUUUAUAAAUACUUUUUAUUUUAUAACUCAGUAAAAUUUCCACCUUCUACAGGUACAGGCAUGCUCUAUGUUUGUUUUCUGCUAAAAAGAGCUGGUCUCAGGCUGAAGGAGACAGAGGAUGUUAGGAGUGGAGUUCUUCCAGCGUUUUAUUCAUUCUCCUUUAUUUUUGUUAAAUCUUUCUUUAUAGUCUCCCAGGUGGAAAACCUAGUGACAACACAUAAUUGGGUAACAGCCAGCAUUUAUAACAUUGCCUUUGCUGAUGCAAUAGCCUCCUUCUGCGUUUGUUGUUCUGCAUCCCAAAGGUAGAUUUUUCUCCAGUAAUUUUCCAGAGCUGGAAGUCAGUCUAUAGAUCAUUAUUUCCAUCUCUGUUUGCAACAGAACACUCACUGUUUAACUUUCUCUGGAACGUACUUAUGGCACAUGGGAUGCGUGGGAUCCCAGCAGGCUCCCCCCCCCCUCAAAAAAAGCUUGGUGCUAGCGUUCACAGCAUUACUCUGGAUUUUUUACUCCUGUUAACGGAGGAAUCCGAGGGCUCCCUUGGGCAAAAAACAAAGACACCAACCAGGACAAUUUGGAGCAAAAGAGCAGCCUGUAGGCUUGGCCUUUAUUGGAAACUGUGGUGACAGGACUCCCAUCCACAACAAGAUGAAGCAAAAUGGAAGCCCAGAACAAAAGAAGACCCCAACUUUUAUUAGUUACUAAUCCCCCAAACUACACCCCUAAGACUACAUCACAACUACAUCACAAAAAGGAGGGGUUGAGGGAGGAGUUGUGGAGGUAACCUGAGUAUCUUGUCACCUGUCUGGUUCCUCCUUUUCCCCCUCCCCAUGAGUACUUUCCAGGUGACAAAGGGGAGUUUGCAGUUUCCUGCCCCCAGAGGGAAGAGCUGAUCAUUGUCCUUUGUUCCAGUCUGUGCUGAAUCCACUCCCAUAUGCAAGUUCUUUGUGACCUUGAUGGUCUUCUGUCUAGGACCAUCCGGGUUGGCAUAGCAACUGGGCAGGGCUCCUGUGUAUGUGUUGAUAUGCUCAAGGCAUUAUGGCUGCCCUGUAUCAAACCUUCCCCAUUUUGUAGUCCUUCCUACAUGGAGUAAAAUAAAAGUGGAACGGUGCAGAUCCGAUGCAUGGUUGAUUUUCUAUGAAUUUAUAACAGAAGCGUAGCGUAUGUAGUGUGUGUCAAGUUUGUACAAAAUGAAUGAUGGGGGGGGGGUUCCUGCGACACUCUGGAUUAUAUUCUACUAUGGCAUUCCUACUUCCACUCACACAAACACCAAAAGACUGAAAUACUUGCUUCUAAUGGCUUUUGUAAGUGUUCUGCAGCAUCUGCAAUGGGGUCAACUCAUUAGUGCUUCACAUUUAACAUUAUGGAAUAAGGGGAAGGAUCCCAUUAUGAAUUGAUAAACUGUUUCAUUGGUCCAUGAAUAUCAGAACCAAAAUUCCAUUCUUCCACCUGGCUACCAAAUGUGCCAGACCUCUAGCAAACACACAAGGCCCAAGGGAGAGGCGAAGUUGUGACUCAUAUGCACAAGACCAGUAUCCAGCCAGUAUCAUCUUAUUGUAAUAAUAAAAAUAAAUAAUCCAUAUUUUAAAAUUGGGUUUGCCACUAGGAAAUACUGGCGAGGGAACAGGCAUCUGUUCCCCAGUGAGAAAAGAUGGGUCUCUAUGCCAGGUUUGGGGAGCAUGAGAACUGCCUACCGCCCGGGUGCAAGAGGGCAUGUAAAGCCUGCUGAAUCAAUUGCGAUCGAAAGGCUGGGAUUUUUUAAAAAAGAGCUGUGUUUAUCUGCCAAAUUCCCUAUUUGAUUUUUCAGUUUAAGAUUGCUAUCUCAAAUAUCUUUCUUCAGAUCUAUUUGCUUGUGAGAACUUGUCUUAAUGAGUCUUGCGUAGCUACACCUUCCUCCUAUGCUUGGUCCUGGAUGACUCAGCACUUCUGCUGGAGAAGGUUGGACUGUUUGUAUACAUAUGGAAAAGUUCAAACUCUUAAUGCAAGUGUAAGAAGCCUGAAAGAAUUGCUACCUCCACCCAUUAAACACAUCAGAUACUGCCGUCUGAGGAGUAUUUUGAGGAGCCUGAAAUGAAUUUGGUCAAAAACAAGAAGCUCUUCUCAUAUGUUAUAUUACAGUUAUAUUUGCAUUUAAAAAGCACACCUGCAACCUGCAUUGAGCAAAAAUGUAUGUCUCCCUGACAAAUCUGAGGAAUUUCAUCUGCUCGACUGUCAGUGCUCAGAAUGAUUUGCAAUAAUCACUUGGCUUGUACUCAAUCCUGUCAAACAGGUAAUAUUAUUUGCAUAUUUCAGGAAUGGGGAUGGAGUGAGCAACCUGGCAUUUGAACCCAGGCUGUCUUUCCUAAGGCAGUAGUCACUAUAUCCCCUGACUCAUCCAAAUAGUGCCUAAUUUGGGCCUAAUUGAAAAAUGCCAAACAUCUCUGUACAACUUUUGUCUUAAUGAUUGGAGACUUGGGGCCACUCCAAAUUUCUUCAUGGAAACUGAAGAACUGUUGUGUAAUCUGCAAUUAGAUUGUCACAUGUGAUGGUUAUGAGUUUGGGUACCUCACUACAUGUUGAUUAGCAGGAAAAAUACAGCCCAUCACAGUUUUUCUGCAAAGCCCCCCCAUAAUAAAAUUGGUGCAUAUGCUUUUGUCACACAUGACAACCAAUAGAUAUUGCCUGUUGUUGCCUAUGCAGAAGUGCUUUCCAUGUAGCCACUGUGUAGGGACAUAAUGGGACACACCAUGGUUGCAAAGGUUUUAGCUUUCUCUCCCUGCUUGAACAUAAAGUCCCCCAUACUGUCUAAGAUUUAUUUUAAUCAUUAUUUACAUCAGCAUCAGUGUGAACAUGGCGAAAGCAAUCGAGGAUUGUCUUUGUAGCCAUCAAAACCAAGGAACAAUGUGGGUUUACAAACCAUGGUUAGGGGCAAGCCCUGAUUAGCUUUUACCAUGAUUGUAAUAGAGGGGAAAGGAAACAUUUCGAUGUGAAAGGGAUAUGGAAAGCCACAUGCAAAAUACAUGCCUUUGUGUGCUUUAGGUUCCUUCUGUGCAGAUUAACAUCCUAGGAAACAAUCGGAGGGUUGUGCGCCCAUCCAAAGAGCCUCAGGGGUAAAUGUGUUGUCAGCAAAAUGACAGAAAAGAAAAGGGCCUCUGUCCAAACCUGCUCUCUUCCAUCUUUCCACAUCUUGUUUCCCUGCAUUUUUUAUAAGGUAUGUGCUAUAUUUCUCUCUGGCCUGUGACACUCUAUGAGUAUUGCCAAACUUAAGCAUAGUGGCAGCUCACCUACAAUGCAGUCACACCCAGUAUGCAAGUCAGUCUGUGGACUCUGUUAUGAAGAAAACAAGAGCGCAUCAGAAAGAGUGCUAAUGACUCUUCUAAAGGACCCCCGGGGGCUUUCUCACCCUCGAAGCAGAGCUUAAUCACUGCUAACACUAAAUGUUUUUAUGAACUUACUUGCUAGCGCUUCCAAUACCCUAAGGUAAAAUAGUUUACAGGUUUCACAAAGGCAGAGAUAGCCUUUUCCUUUCCUUUCUAGGUCUUUGUCCUCAUCUGUAUCAUCUCAUAUCCCCAGAGUAUAUUGUUAUGAGUUUGGGGGGAGGCAGACCCCCCAUAAUCUCUACAGUCAGUGGUUAGAAUGUGAGCAAACUCAUAAAUUCUGGCCAGUUCUUCAUCUACUUCCCACAAUCCUUUCAGUUGCAAAGAGACAUUUCGCUCUUUGCAGUCUAAAGGUAAAUACAGUUUAAGGCAGUGGUUCUCAAACUUUUUUUCUCCUGGACCACACUUUCAGAAUAAAAUUUUACUUGUGCCAUACCGAAUUCUUUAUUGGUAAGAAACACAUUGGAAAACAGAGAAAGAAACAACAACUAGCAGUGCUUGAUUUAUAAUGUAGAACACAAUUACUUUACAAUAUGAUCGUGGGACACCCAGAAAGUAUAAUACAAUGCAGCUACAUAAGAACGUGAAUAAGCUCAGUUGGUUAGAGUAUGGUGCUGAUGAGGCCAAGGUUGUAGGUUUGAUCCCCUCAUGGGACAGCUGCAUGUUGAACUAGAUGAUCCGCAGGGUCUCUUCCAACUUUACAAUUCUAUUAUUUCUAUGAUUCCCAAAAUAUAGUUAUAAAUGAGUUAAGCCCUGUUCCCUACACACACACACACACACACACACACACACUUUUCUGCUUGAUGGGCCUGUGACAGCUACUUUACAUUUUCAUUGCUCACAUGCAGUGGCCCUGUGCAAUCUCUCUUUUAUUUUAGUGUGCCUGUUUUGCAAGGGUCCCCUUCCAAACACACAAAAUCGUGGGUUGUUGUUUUUUCAAUUUCAAGAAAAUCCAACACGGACUAAAACUUUUGGCCUUUCACAUCGGGGGGCGGGUCGCCUUAAAUGUGCUUCAUUGAGUUGCACCCAGCAAAUGUGCACGGAGCUGCACCCAGCAGCCUUGUAGUACAGGUUGAAUUACGAUAGAACCCUCCCAGUAGCUACUAAAAGUGAACGAAGUGGAAGUACAGUAGUUCAUUCGCACAGCCUGCUGUGGUAGCUGAGAGUGCAAAAACAAAAAAACAAAACCCCACUUGUGUAAUAUUUUUCAGGUCAUAUUAUUUCCAUCCACUCAAAGACAGUUUUAGGGUAGUACAACCGGUACUGUUGCACUGGGCACUGUCCUGCAAGGGGUGCCCCAAAAUGCUGUAGAAUGGACCACGAAAUCCUCCUCCCCAAUUUUUUGCGUUACACAGGGUGCUACUGGAAUUUGAGAACCCAAAGCCUGUCACUGCUCCACUUGUGGCCCUUUAACAAAGAGUAAACCCCAUGACUCAGGGGAAUUUGAUGAAUUAGUGCUUGCAUGCUGCACAGGUGACUGGGAACAUCUCUGGAGAGCGAUGAUGUGUGUCAGGUUCACAUUUAUUUCCACAAGCAAGUUCAGGCAGGAGGAUGGCAUAGAUUGGGUUGGUUUUUACUUACACUGCUGCUUUCACUCUAAGACUGAAGGCAUGUGCAGGGCAAGGGUUGUCUGGGCAUGUGAAAGGGUGGGGAUUAAAAAAAAAAACAGUGGUUGGUGUCCUCCUCCCCCCCUUCUUACUUCCUGGUAUUUAUCAUGGCUUUGUUUCCCACACUCUUAAAUAAACAGCAAAAGUACUUGCGGAGUUUUUAUUUUGAUGAUUUACACAAGGUCUACCAAGACUCGAGGGGGUGGGGCAGAAUCAGAAUUAAUAAGAUGAGGCUUUUAAAAUUUUAUUUGGCAAGCAUUAUGAAUCAAUGGCUCCAGGCAAAACUUGUCCUUGCUUUGUUCUCUCUGGAAAGUGAGAACAACCCAAAGGUUUUUUUAUCAAGACUUACUUAUUAUAUAUUUUUAUUUUUUUCCAUUUAUAUCCCACCUUUCCUCCAAUGAGUUUGAGGAGGCUUCUAUAGUUCUCCUCUUCCCCAUUUUAUCCUCACGCCAACCCUGUGAAAUAAGUUAGGCUGAGGAGUGAGUGAUUAGCCCUUUAUCCAGGCAUUUAACUCAGCAUUGUAGAGUGGUGGCUAAACAUAGCCAUGUUCAUGUAACUUGGUUUGAAGUGAAGCCCCUUCCAAUACACCAGGCACCCCCAAACUUGGCCAUCCAGCUGUUUUGGGACUACAACUCCCAUCAUCCCUAGCUAAGAGGACCAGUGGUCAGGGAUGACGGGAAUUGUAGUCCCAAAACAGCUGGAGGGCCGAGUUUGGAGAUUCCUGUAAUACACCUUGAACACAGGAUGUUGUGCCCACUGUGUGCACAGGUAAGACUAGCCCAUAAACCUCCUCAUACCCUCCAACAUUUCUCUGAUGAAAAUAGGGACAUCUUAAGGAAAAGCGGCAUCAAUUCAGAAACUGGGGCAGCUUCACCCAGUCAGAUGGGCGGGGUAUAAAUAAAGUAGUAGUAGUAGUAGUAGUAGUAGUAGUAGUAUUUCUGAAAAUCCAGGACUGUCCCUGGCAAAUAGGGACACUUGGAGGGUCUGAUGCCUGAAACCCUCCUCACACAUUAUUUCAAAUUGUGGGUAGAUCAUCUGGACCCCUCUUGUCUUUCUGCCUUAUACAGUGGUACCUCGGGUUAAGUACUUAAUUCGCUCUGGAGAUCCGUUCUUAACCUGAAACUGUUCUUAACCUGAAGCACCACUUUAGCUAAUGGGGCCUCCUGCUGCCGCUGCGCCGCUGGAGCACGAUUUCUGUUCUCAUCCUGAAGCAAAGUUCUUAACUUGAGGUACUGUUUCUGGGUUAAUGGAGUCUGUAACCUGAAGCGUCUGUAACCUGAAGCGUCUGUAAGCCGAGCUACCACUGUACUGGGGUCUUAGUCUACACAAAGGAAUGACCUCUUAUGGUAAGUAGUAAGCAGGGAACUGCCAUGACAUGAGGCCACCACAUUGCUGAAACUAAGCAGGGCCAGGGCUGAUCAGUGCCUGCAGAGGUGACUGCUCAUCUACACUUUCUUAGGUUGCAUGGCAUGUAUUAAGAUAAAGAGUAAAUGAAUGUUUGUUUGUUUUUAUUAUAAAUAUACUAUAAUAGGAUCGCCUUUGGACUUCCAUACCCAGUCCUGUGCUUUUUAACUGUAGACUAGAAGAGCCAUGGUUGAAAUCACUGACAGGAAGUGCCUCAAAGUCUUUGUCUAGUGGGCUUCAUUCCAGAUUUCACACAGGCCAGCUUGAAGGCUCGGAUCCUGCCAGACCAUUAGAAUACUGUCUGCUUUGGCACUCCCUUGGGACUCUGUUUGCUGCCCAGAUGCAACACUGUGCCUGGGAGAAUGGAACAGAGUAGUUCUGGACAGCCAGAUCCCAUGUACAACAACAUCUUAGAAGCUCUGCAAAAUUCCACAAAGUGGCCUUGUUCCAGAUUUUCUACCACAGCAGAGCUCCAAUGUGGUGCUCAGAUGGAUCAGUCCUUAAAUAAAUAAUAGUCAAAGCAGGUGUGAAUAUGAAUGAAACAUGAAGAGACAGAGGUUAAAAUUUAUUAAUGUCCAUUGGGUGAAGCAUCAGGCUGUGUGUGACAGAGCAUUAAAAACAGUACGAGUAAUUUUCUUGAAAAACAUUGAGACCUUACAUACGUUUGUAAGAUUACUUACAGAAAUGUAAGUUGGAGGCAGGAAAAUGGCACCCCCAUCUUCAUCUUGCAAACUUGCGAAAGGAUCUUCACAUGAUCUGCUUUUCAAGUUUUUAUUUAUUAUUAUUGAUUGUCACAGUCCCAGGGGCCCAGACCCCUCGGUGGUCAUCCAGCCAUCUUUUGCUUUUUUCAGGCACAGACUGGCCUUCCUUCUCGAUCUUACCAGAAGAGAGAAGACCUGCUCUUCAAAGGGAGGGAGGGGGUGAAAGAAAUGAACCCACCUAGCACCCUUUGUUGUUGUUUAGUCAUUUAGUCAUGUCCGACUCUUCGUGACCCCAUGAACCAGAGCAUGCCAGGCACUCCUGUCUUCCACUGCCUCCCGCAGUUUGGUCAAACUCAUGCUGGUAGCUUCGAGAACACUGUCCAACCAUCUCGUCCUCUGUUGUCCCCUUCUCCUUGUGCCCUCAAUCUUUCCCAACAUCAGGGUCUUUUCCAGGGAGUCUUUUCUUGGGAGCACCCAGGAGUUACAAUAACCUCAUUUCCUGCCUUCCUAGGAGGCUUACAAGCAAUCAUCCACAGUCUGGAUCUUAGCAGCCCCUUUCCAGUUCCACAUUUCCUCAGGUGCAGCUAUCCUGGCUGGUUGGGCUCCUGCGAUGAAGCAGCCCAUUGACCUGCUUCUUUACCACACCGGUGAUUAGGCAGACAGCUGUAUCUUCUGUUUCUGUUUCUUUUUAGGACAAAUAAGGAGCUACAGCAGUACUGGAUUAGUAUGACUGCUGAUAGCUUUUGAACUGAGUAUGUGUCUGGUUUUUUUUUGAGAGUGGGGCACCUUUAUUACAGGGGAUGGAAAUAGGAAUUGGAUAGGCUAGUUCAGAGAAAGAAGAUGCGACAGUAAAGAUAUUCCAGUCCUCUCCUUCUCCCUUUCCUUGGUAAUCCUGCCAACUGGCCCAUAUAGAUCUUUGUUUUAACAUUUGUUUUGGAUGUUUUGGAUAUUGUUGUUAGAAGCUGCCUUGAGUUUUGUGGAGGCAAUAUAUAGAUAAUUGUUCUAAAUAUAUGAAAAAAUGAAAAAAUUGCUGUCAUGUUCAACCAGCCCCCUAUCUCUUGACACUUCACCUUGCUGCACGAAAGGCAGAGCAAGGAAAUCCCAUAAUUACAUGUAGUGCAGGCCAAUCAGAUAUGACAACUUCUUGAUGGAGUUGGAUUGCCUGGGGCUUAUCUGUACCCCCUGGGACUGCUAAGUCAUCUUUCUGCAGAGUUGAAUGAAGCCCAUGUCACUUUUCAAAGUACAGUCAUACCUUGGUUGUCGAACGCCCUGGAACUUGGACGUUUUGGCUCCCAAAUGCCGCAAACCCGAAAGUGAUCGUUCCGGUUUGGGAAUGGUUUUUUUUAACCCGAACAUCUGACAGGGCUUUUGCAGCUUCCGAUGGGCUGCAGGAGCUUCCUGUAGCCAAUCAGAAGCCUCACUUUGGUUUUCAAACAUUUUGCAAGUCAAACAGACUUCCGAAACGGAUUCUGUUCAACUUCCAAGAUACGACUGUAUUUAGGGGGAGGGGGUUAUUGGUUUGUUUUGCUUUUGCUUUAUUAUGUAUUUGGUAUUUUCAUUUGGUAUUUUUAGGUUGUGAACCAUUAUUUGGUACUCUUCAGAUGAACAGCAGCAGACAAAUUAAAUGAAUAAAGUUUAUAAACUUAACAUUUGAGUAUACUGACUGUGAAACUUGAAUCAGAAUAUUUGUGCAGUGCAAAAAGUGUGACAAAUCAAACAUAUAUAGAUAAUAAACAGGUCAAGGAGUUAAAACUUCUUGUUGAAAGUACAGUAUACUCAGUGCAAACCCAGGUUUGUUGCUGUGCAAUGCUUAAAAUGGCCCCGAGACCUGCUUCAGGCACAGAGAAUGCAAGCUUGUUUCCUUACUUUGUGGUUGUGGAAGUAGGUUUAUAUUUAGCCGGGCAGUCUGUGGGCCUUGCGGGCGGCUCGAAGAAAGAAAUAAUCUCUCCCAAUCAUUACCUCACAUUGCCUAGCUUCCCAGAGCAUUUAAGCUGCCUGGGUGGAAAACUGGGUGAUAAAUUUAGAUGAGAUAUUUCUUGCCAAGAGCCAUGUAUCUGACCCGGCCCGGCCUGGUAAGACAGAAAGGGAGAACGACAUAAGAUCUCCUCUCAGAAAGGAGCUCAAAGUUCUCCAAGCCUUCCAUGUUUCCAAAUGGAAAAAGAGAGUGCCUUUCUCAAGGACAUUAAGAGUCCCAUAGGAAAGCCCUUGGGAACAGAUUACUGCAGUGGUAGCCUUGUGUUUAUAGUGGAAUGGCCAAGCUAUAUCUGUCUUGCAUAGCAUGGAGUAAAUACCUUCUCCAUUGAGCUCCCUAAGUAUGCCAGCAGGCAGCUGAUAUGCUUAUGUGUGGAAUGCUAUAGGGCUUUCCUAAAAGAAACCUGACACAGAUAUAAAGGCCUGCAGUGGCUGUCCUGAACUUCCAAAUAUUUGGGAGAGGGAAAAUAAAAUGUAAGGAAUCCCAGAGAGCAAAGUACCUGGAUUCCCUCCUUUCUCGCACACAGUAGCCUUGUUUGCACAUCAUUUUAAACCAUAAUUGAAAGCCUGGAACAAACCUUGGCUAUAGUUCAUGUUGUUAUUGUUUAGUCAUUUAGUCGUCUCCGACUCUUCAUGACACCAUGGACCAGAGCAUGCCAGGCACUCCUGUCUUCCACUGCCUCCUGCAGUUUGGUCAGACUCAUGCUGGUAGCUUUGACAACACUGUCCAACCAUCUCGUCCUCUGUCAUCCCCUUCUCCUUGUGCCCUCAGUCUUUCCCAACAUCAGGGUCUUUUCCAGGGAGUCUUCUCUUCUCAUGAAGUGGCCAAAGUAUUGGAGCCUCAGCUUCAGGAUCUGUCCUUCCAGUGAGCAUAGCUCAUAGUUUGGAGCAAAACAAGACACGAGCCUGGGAAAUGCUAAGGCAAACCAUGGUUUAUCUCCCAGUAGCAUGGGAGGUAGGGAGGAGCAAGUUGGCCAUGAUUUCCUCCCUGCACAGUGCAUGUUCACCUUUAAACCAUAUUUAAGCAUAACUAUGGUUUAAAGUGAUGUGUUAACUUCACCACUAAUAUGGGCGUUAGCUUUCAGGGAAUUUCAAAUGGGGAUAUGUUCUUAGAGGAAAGAUGUAUUUCUCCAUAUCAGCACAGUAGCCCCAUUUCAUAAGCUUGUAUUCAAUGAAUUUGUAUUCAUAAAUGCAUAUGCACCCCUGCACAACUGAUUUUCAGUCUGUAAAAAGGGAUGUUUCAUGGAUCUCCCAUGAAAUAUGUAGUUUGACCUAUGGCAUAAACCUUGUUCUUAUAGUUUUCAGUUGCAGCUGUUUGGGAACACUAGUUUCUGUUCUGUCUCUUCCUCCAUCUUGUCAUUCAGUAUUCGUUUCCAUAUGGCAUAUGGGACCUGCUUAGUCUUGGGCAUACCAUACGAAAACCCUCCUACCAGCCAUGUCUUAUUAUUGCCUGUCAAGUGCUUGACUGGCACAGGCACACUCCUCCCCCCACCUCUUUCUCAGUCUCAGGCAAGGAGCACUUAUCAAGCUCUUGAUGGGUGCCAGAUGUAACUAAUGGGCUGUGUUCAACUUUGUGGAGGUCUGUUGUACAUAUUUAAAACUUGAGUCCAUUAACAUUCGCCCUUGAACAUAUGCAUGUGGACUCAUCCCUGCCCUCCAAUAACAGAGUUUACAGAUGGUUUAUACUGUCCCUGAUAUUUUUUGCUACUUUAAAUAAUCCCUUUUUUGUUUGAAAGCCAGCUGUGCAGUCCUUUAUGCCAGAGCCAAACUAGCUGAUGGGUGCAAGUGCAAGGGUGUGGUCUACUAGUCAGAGCAAAGGGAUGGAUGCCAACACUCCCAGCAGUCUAUAUUUGGCUUGGCCAGCAAUGCGUUGUGGGAUUUUAAAGGAAGCCAGUUUACCUCACUCUGGCUGAGCAAGUUUUUUUUUUGGGGGGGGGAAUGUGUUUUUUAAAAAAUAAAUAUGUACUUGUUCAUUCUUGGAAGAUGCUGUGUUUUACUCUAUGCUUAAAAAAUGUGAAAGUUUCUUAAGCACAAGGGGACAGAAUCGGUCGAUGAUGGACUUAAGAGAUUCCACGUUAGACAGUAGGGAGCAGAUGUUCUAAGACCCUCAACACUGUUGAUAGUUUCUGGUUCUUCAACUUCAGUGGUUGAGAAAUUACUCAAAUAUUAGCUGUGAUGUCUGGAAAAUAUCUUUUAAAAAGCUACAGAAUUCACCAGCUUCUUGGCCUUUAUGAGCCUUCAGUCAUACAACAUGAAAUGAAAACAAUGAAAAGCUCAUUUUUCAAAGGUACACAUGUUUACCAUGGAAACCUUUAAAGGGUGACUGCAAUAUGUGUAAGGAUGUAAGAAGACAGGGAUUUCCAUUACAACCUGCCAUCAUCACAGUUAGAACUGCUUCUGUUCUGCUACAGUUCUGUUUCCAGCAAAUACUGCAUUGCUCAUUUCAUUGACUGCUAUUUAUCCUAAUUUAUGUUAUGAAUUUAAUGCAAUUAAUGAUGUAAUUUUUUCUCACAUCAUUUCUUUUAGUGCAAAGACCAUUCAUUUCAAUAUUUGUUUUAGUGCAAAGAACAUUCAUUUUAAUAAUAACAUCAAACAUUAAAAAUUUCCCUAUACAGAGCAGCCUUCAGAUGUCUUGUAAAAGUCAGUUGUUUAUUUCCUCGACAUCUGACAGGAGCGCAUUCCACAGGGUGGGUGCAGCUACUGAGAAGAUCUUCUUCCUGGUUCCCUGUAAUGAGGGAACCAUUGCUCCUCUGCCUGGUUCACAUUGAGGGAACCGCUACAAAGCCUCAGAGCUGGACCUCAGUGUCCAGGCUGAACGAUGGGGGCGGAGACGCUCCUUCAGGUAUACAGGGCUGAAACCAUUUAGGGCUUUAAAGGUCAACACUAACACUUUGAAUUGUGCUAGGAAACAUACUGGGAGCCAAUGUUGAUUUUUAGGACUGGUGUUAUAUGGCCCUGGCAGCCAUUCCCAGUCAUCAGUCUGGCAGCCGUAUUCUGGAGGAGUUGAUUUCUGAGUCACCUUCAAAGUAGAGCACAUUACAGUAGUCCAAGUGCUAGAUGCAAUUGAAAUGUGGGGAGUUACAUUUUGUUUGUGGACUGGAAAGAACAGCAAGAGUGACUAAUAAUUGGUACUGUACUUGCUGGAUUCAGUUCCAUUCCGGACAUGGCACGAAUAAGCAUUGUUUCCACUUCCAUUGGAAUUCUCCAACAUCCCUAGGGAUGUGCCACCAAGGCCCAAACAAUGGAGCUCUUUGAGUAUGUGGAUACAUUUUGUUGUUCAGACUCUAUGUCACUUCAUUUUUUGAUAGCUUGUGGCAUUUAAGAUUUGUGCUUGUAAGAGACAAUACAAGUGAACCACAAGGAAAAAUACACACAACAUCCUUUUAAAGAUGCCAGUGAACAAAGAGUAGGAACUAUAAGCAGAAAGAGGCAGAAAAUCUGAAAAACCCAGUGUAGACAUGACGUUGUUCAUAUGCAUACUUCCACAGAAAUGGUUCCUAAAACAUUUCAUUGGAGGCAAACAUUACAUAUGAGCUAGUCCUUAAAGAAGUGUGCUACUUGUUGCUUUGGUAGACAUGCAUCUGUCUGGCCAGAUAAUAGUUUCUCCUUCCCAGUUGCAGCACCAUGCAAUUUUCAUUCUAAUUAACUAAGGAAAAUCCUUUCAUUUUCUUUGAUGGAGACCAAGGGAGGAACCGUUAGGGUAUUUAUAACAUGAAAAGACAUAAAAAUAUCAUUUUUCCAGUUUUCGUCCCAGACAUUCUAAUCUAAAACCAGAACCCUACAGUAGUUUUAUACCAUAAUGAUUUUUUAAAAAACAAAAAACUACCGAAGUUCUGUUUGUUGCACUCCUUUGGAAUACUCAAAUCUGUGCUCCAGUGGCUGGGAUUGUACUGUGGAGAAGUGCCCCCCCACUGCUGUGUAUGUUUGUAAUGGAAGUCUGAGGUGACCACAAGAUUUGCCUUGUACCUGCAGCAUUUGGAAGAAGCCUAAUCUGUUUUGGAUCUGCUUGUGUCAUUUCAUUCAGAUUCAUUCUGAUCUGUUAAAUCUAAAGCUCUGUUUCACACACACUAUAAUGGGGAAUCUAAAAACGGUGACAACUUUUUUCCUUUUCACAUAAGUGGAUGAAAUUUGCAGGUAAAGGAGCACCCCUGCCCCAAAGUAAAUUAAUUACCGGUAAUCAGGCAGAUGCAUUUGGGGGUUUUUGUGUAGAGAACCUUUCAAUUGUUUGUUUGUUUAAAGAAAAGUCUUUCAGCUUAAAAAAAUAAAUAAAUUCUGAAGGAAGGAUUCCAACCCCUAAUCUCUCAAGCUUUGGUUGCUUCUCCAGUCAGUCUGGUUUAAUUUCUCAGAAAAAAAAAGUGGGCAAUGCAUUUAAUUUUUUGGAAAAGCUGAGACCAGAGAACAACUCAGAAGCUUAGGGGGUCUCUGAUCCACUUUAAGAUGCCUUGAGACACUUUGUCAACAGCACAAUCCAACUCAGCAAUGUGAGAUCAUGACUCAAAUCACCCUGGCUCACCUUGCUCUUUGGGCUACACACUGAGCCAAUGAACACCUCUAGUAUUUAAAGGGAGCUUUAAUAUUUGCAGUUGGGCACAGUAGAGAAAGGGGGGGAAAGCACAGUCGGAAUCGCAAAUUUAUCUGUUUGGCUUUGUAUUUUAAAAUCCUUCAUAAUUGUCAUUAUUUGCAAUUUAUUUCUGCUCUUAGUAAUAAUAAAAAGUGAAAAUCUUUCUCUUUGGACAUUGGAGACAGGACAAGGAUGAUGGUACCAUUAUGACAUUUGCAAUGUUCAUUUCCUAUUUCUUUAUAAAGAAAUCUGCCCUUUAGUAUCUGUACAUAAUUCAUAUUAAAAACUUGCCUAUGUUAUCAACUUAUGGUGUUUUUCUUCUACGUUUCCCCAUUCUUCAGUGCUUGUUUGGAUUAUGUCUGCUGUGAUCUGUUUGCAUAACAAGGCAAGCAAUGAAUAAGAAAACAGAAGUAGUAAUUUUGCAGCUGUGUAUACCAAAGUGAAAUAACCUCCGGGAACCUUAUUGUGCUUAUGGUUUGCACAACCAGCCCAGCAAACUGACCUAGUGGGUGCAGUUUUCCAGUUCAAAUACCACAACAGCCUGGCAGAGGCAGAAGGUCCACACGCAAGCUACCUUUUGCAUUGAAUAUGCUGAGCAAUUGUAACAAAAGUCUGCCUUGAAGGUAAACUUGCAAGAUUAGCAGAUUUUCUUGUGAAAAGUCUCCAGCAAACACCUAUUCUCUUUUUGCUCUGUGUAGUCCAGAGUUGCAGGAAAGAUGACUUUCAUGUACAGGCAUUGAUAGGUCUGAAACAGCAAGUAGCAAAUGACCCAUGAUCAUCUUGACUUGCCAACUUACUUGAUACUUCACAAAAUCACCUUUUAUAAGAAGAGCACUGAGCAUAAUGACUUCUUAUGCCAAAAGCAGUGUGUCCAACUUCGUCUUGUUUGACACUGAGACUUUGACUCUGAGUUGACUUAUUGUUGUUGGCAUGUUGACCAGCAACUCUGACGCUAUUUGAGACACAUGAAUGUAUUAGUUCUACGCAUCACUAGCCCUGAGCAGUGAAUUAAAACCAAAAAAAUCCAGCAGUAGAGCUGAAUUUUCAGUUUCAGCUCAGAGAAUUCAGCACUAUCAAUUGUUUUAAGAAAAGGAAACAGCUGGAGUGUUUUACAAAUCCACACUACAUACAGGUUUUGUAGCCUCAAGUAUGUUUUGUUUUCAAGAAUGAAGAUGGCUUGGCGUGAGAAAAAUAUUGCAAGAACGAGUAUUUAUUGCAUUGUUACUUAGCAGAAUCUAUGCACUGCUUGAUUAAAGUAAAACCUCUAAGGAGUUUGUAAGAAUUAGUAAAAUUUAUUUGUUUGUUUAUUGCUCAUUGUUCACCAUAAGGUCCCAGGGCAGGAUACAGCCUUAAAAACAAUAUUGAAAACAAUUAAAAACAACUUACAACCAUAAAAAUAAGGUGUGAUAACAUUAUAAAUAGAAGAGUUAAAAACAAUUUAAAAUAUAAUUAAAAUUAACAGAAAAAAGAAUAAGACACAUCAACAUCAAUGUUUCUGGAUAGCCUUGCCUAAACAAAAAUGUGUUAAGCAGGCACUGAAAAAAGUAUAGUGAAGGCUAUUUAUUUUCCUUUAUUACCAUAGGAAUGCAGAAUGCUUGUGGAUGUAAGGGACAUUCCACCCAUUAAAUGUACUAGAAAUAUUUUAUUUGAAGUGGUCACAAAUGUGCCAAGGAAAAAAAACCAUUUCUGGGUCCUGUGAAUAUGUAGCAAACUUGCUCACAGCAUCAUGUGUUUGGGCAUGGCCCACAGCCUUUUCAGACCAGAAUUUGGAACCUAUAAAAUUGCAAUAAAACCAAAUGAGGGUGGAGAGACCAACUGUUCUCUAGGUUUGACCAUUUAUGCAUGCCAGACCAUUCGUAAGAAGAGUUGCUGCCAAAAUCCUCACGAGAAGUUCAGUCUGGAAUAGUACCUUCAUCAUAAUCACCACAUUAUAAGAAAGGGGGGGAACCGGCUGUGUAAACGAGUUUUUAAAUGCUCCAACUGCGGUUUCUUUCAACUGGGGUGACUGUGGACCGUGGGCUAUAAAGGGUUAAUGAGAAAUCUCAGCUCCUGAGGUUCUUUCUUUCACAUUUUUGUCUGUAGGCAAAGUAGGUUGGUUGGUUGCUAGGUGUGUGCAUAGCAUACUUCUGGCUGUGGUACAGUGAACAUAGGCUUGGACUGUGGGCAAAAGUGAGCUGGCAACUUAGGAACCAGGGGCGAUAGGGCUAAGUGAAUAGUCAAAAUCAAAGAGCAAGACAGGAGGCAGAACCAAGGCACAAAUGAGGAGGCAAGUCCAAAGUGCUAGCCAGAUGUUGAGACAGAGCGAUGCAGAAAUCACUUGUUGCUCAAAUACUAUGGAGGAUUUGGUGGGUGUGAAAGAAGUACUUUAAAAAGUAAUCUAUCCUGACACUUUCAGCAUUUGGCUUCCAUGUAUGUCCAUGAGUUCUAGUGUUAGGAAAGAGGGAGUAAAACUUUUCUAUAUCAACUUUCUCCACACCUUUCAUAAUUUUAUAAUUAUGUAAGUGUGAGCUGUGAAAAUAGGCUCCAGUCCUGUUCUUCUUUGUCUGCAGGCUCAGACACUUGUUCGGCAAUUCCCUUCAUGCGCACUCCAAAGCAGGGGGCGGGGGAGUUAAAAAGUGCAGACUUGAAUCUUGCAGGGAGUAAAAAACAAAACAAAACAUUUUGCUCCAGUGUACUGAAACAAAAGUUUUGUGGAUCUCAUUGACUCUUAACGUUGCUUUAUCUGAUUAUAAUUGGGCUGUACUAGGACCUGGGAAACCAGAGUUCAAAUCCCCACUCAGCCAUGAUGAUGCCCAUUGGCUGAUGUUGGACCAGUCAGUAUCUCUCAACCUAUCUUACCUCCCAGGGUUGUUGGGAAGAUUAACAUGGUGAAGGAGAGAAGUUUGCAUGCCACCUUGAUCUUCUUCUAGGAAAGGUGGGAUAUAAAUUAGUAAUGAAAUUAAAUAUAGACAGUAGGUGGCAGUAACAGGGCCUCUUCUGAGGUAUUGCAAAUGCCCUUAAAUUCUAAGAAGUGUUGCUGGAAUGGGAGCUGUGUUCAAAUCUUGUAUGACUUGGCUAUGGCCAAGAACUCUCAUUACCAGUGCAGUCAGUCAAUGGUGAGGGGGACGAUACCAGUAUUAAGAUGUUGUAAAGGCAUUCAGGAUAUUGGGCUGUCAGUGGGAAGCAGGCAGAAGGACAACAAACUAAGCUUUAAUGAAACAAGCCAUGGUUUGCUUGGUCAUCUGUGCGGCAACUCAUGAUUUGUUCUCGACAAACCACAGUUUAGCAUUGCAUGCAAACCUGACCACUGUGUGCAUCCAUGUGGCUUUAAAAACAAAAAAGGAGACUGGAAUGCAUGUAUAGGGAAGAUUGGGGGCCACAAACAAUAAAUCUAGUGUUCUGUAUAAUAUCUGAAAAGUACUGCAGUCUUCUUUCUCUGAAGGGAGGUGUGACCUUUUGCUGCUGAAUGUGUACCUCUUGUUUGUUUUUUAAUAAGAAAAAGGAGUUUCACUCUAGGACAGUCUUGGUCCAGAUGGUUAGAUAUUGAAGGUAUGUGUAAGGGAAUGUAUUGUAUGGUUGGUUGUUCUUGAUAUAUUGUUAAUCUGUUUUCCAGAUGCCACUCUUAUAGUACAGCAGGAGCCCUAGGCUGUUUAGGCUAGUUACUUCCUGGCUCAGACCACGGGACAGAUGCCGAUAUGUCAAACCUUGAAUGUGACUUGUGUGACUUCGGGAGGGGUGGGGAGGUGAAGAGAGAGACUGACAACACUUUAAUGGCUAAGUGAAAAAUGUAGCUGCCUCUUGUGUUCACAAUGGAUUUAUUGCAAUGUAGAGAUUAACAGUAGAGAUUUUAAGGAGGCUGUGAUUUCCGACCUAUCCUCUUCUCAAACAGCACUGUUUCCAUCCUGCUACGAUUUGGCUUCCACUAAAACCUAUGUUACCUGUCCCACUGUCCACUACAGCCAAAACCAGCGUAAUUAACUGCAUAAUUUCAGUGCAUUUCAGUGGAAGGGAAAUGUGGAAAACAACACUAUUAUUUAUGUAAUAGUUGCCAACUAAAGAAGCAACUCUAGUGAAUACUGCUUGUGUUCGCUUGCAGGAUUUCUGUUCCUGACCUCGGAUGAACGUGCAAAUUGCAGCAAUUUCCAUUUCCAGAGGAAUUCUCCCACAUCCUUAAUUAACACUGUCCAUUUAAAUCUGCUGCUGAAUCAGGAGACUCAGUAGCUGCAGCCAUUCCUACCGAUUUCCCCCUCUGGUCCUGUUGUCUGCCUCUGUUCCCCUGCUGCAGAAUGCCUAAGGGUGAACGGUCCCAAACAUUUCUGCAGAAAGUUUCAAUUGGUCAUUCAAAUUUAGGGUGAAGCAGUGAGUCAGAAUCUAGGAGAAGCAAUCUAAGGUAUAAACAGAUAAGGAACAUGUGUCACAGUACAGCACAGAGCUGAAAGUAUUGCCUGCCAGCCUUAGAAGCAUCCUCUUUCUGGUCCUUCAUUUAAAGUUUCUGGGAAGCUGCAUAAAUCAGGCUCCCAGUGAAAGCUGGAAGUGAGGGCAAGUCAGUGAAGUACAUUUGAGUUUUUCCAUAUGAUGAGCCAGCACUGAACUAGCUCAAGUGUGCAGAACUGGGUCCUGUACUUCUGUAGACUUAACUGUAAUCAAAGUGGAAAAACUUGAGCUGUUACUGUCUGAGAACCAAACUAAAAAAGAAAGAAAAGUCGUAAUUGAGGUUUGAUUCUCUGACUUCCAAAUCAGCGCACACUGCAUAAUAGAAUGCCGUUUCUAGAAAUGGAUUGCUGCUUAAUGAAUCUCAUUGCUGUUUUGGCCUUAUGCAGUUGAAUGCUCUAUCCAAACCUGAUUAAGAAAAUUUGAACUGAGAUUUGAACACAUUCUUUUAAUUAUGCAGUAGGUUGUAGACAUGUUCAACAUAGAUACCUUUGUUUCUAUUGAAAAUUAGUAGAUGAAAUUAGCAAAGUCUUGCUGCUGUGUGUAUAUUUGUUCCCCCUUCUUUUUGGAAAGUCAGUACAUCAAGUCUACUGUCAUGUGUGCUGUUAAUAUGGAGGCCUAAGCCGCAGAAGGAAAAACCUAAAAGAAGCAAUAGCUCUGUGAACAAUGCAUAUUGGGGCUGUCUUCUGUCAGCCAGUGCUGUAGGAAAGGGAGUAGCCUAGAAAGGUGUAUGAGGACAGUUCCCACACCCAGUGGAACUGCAACCUACAGAGGAAACUGCUGAAGAAGGUAGACAGCUCACCCAUCAAAGGUAUGCCUUCCAUGCUGAGAGUUGCAACAUUAAAGGAUAUGACUUACCCAUUAUAUAAAGCAUGGUUUUCCUCAAUAAGGCCUUUUAUCAUUUCACCUGCAAACAUAUUGGAAUGGGACUCUGCCUGUAAUUCCAGGAUGUUUUCGACUCUCUCUCUGAAUAUCCUUAGCUGCUCAAAUAUUCUGUGUUCUCCAGGUGUCUGCCAGUUCAUCGUACCCUUCACUCAGCCCUGCCUCCUUCCCCCACCUUGCAAAUCUGAACCAACCAGUUGAACAAGAUCUCCUUAAUAGCUUCACUUGCUCAACCAAGAUGACCUUCUAGGGGCAACAACAAACCAGGAAGGAAUGUCUGGGUGGCUGGUCAGUUCAUGUGAAGUGACUGACUAUAAAUCUAGAAUAUGUCAAUAUGUAAUGCUUUAAAUUUGGUGCAACAAUGCCUGCAUUGCAGUAUCAAAUUAGAAUGGAAAGAAUUCAAGGAAAAGAGGGAUCAAAAGCUGCUGGUCUCCCAGAAGAGCUGAUGGAGAGGCUGCCAUAUUAUGUUUCUAGGUAUUUGCUGUAGUGUUUGUCAGCAGGACAAGGGACGCGGGUGGCACUGUGGGUAAAACCUCAGUGUUAUCCUUUCCUGCAGUUAUCCUUUCCUGAAAUGUCCUGGAAUGCUUGGCUGUUGUUGCUGAUCAGUGUAUAGGAAGACAAGAGAACUCCCACAAAUUCUUCUGUACCCAAAUUUGACUCUGUGUUUAACAUAUAAUCUGCAUGCUAUGUCCAUCUUUUGAGGACACAUUUUAUCUGGUUUGUGGUGUCUAUGUUGCAUGGUUUGUAACGUGGCAUGACAGCUCCAGUUCUGCUGCCUAGUGGAAAUAAAUUUAGCUUUGUAAUCUUGGCUACCAUCUGCAAGCUCAGCAUCCACAAUAUCAGUCAACCUGUGGCUAUGUUGUUCUGGAGAUUACAGUUAUAGCAGGAACUUGACUAUGUAACUAAUGGAAAUGAAUGACUACUUCACACUAAAUAACUUGACUAAUGCAGUUCACUUCUCUGCUUUUUAUGUUAAGCUCUAUUUAGGCCAUUGUAAUCUUAAAAUGGAUUUUCAUGAAUUACAACCUCACCCUGCCUAAUUUCAUAAGAUGCAAAAUAUUGUUUUAAAAAAAUUUAUCUUAUCAGGGGGUCAAUUUGUUUUCUCUAGGUAGCCAAGUAUAUGAAGUUCCCCAGGUUAACAUAUGACAUUAUCAUUUGCCCUCCUCAGGUAUUUGCAUAAGAACAAGUUGAUGGUGAACACAGAAAGCUGCAUUAUUGUACCUGAAGCAGCCUUUUGAUGUUUGUGGAAGUCAUUUUUGCAAGAUGUGUUCUGUAAAUUAAAUAUCUUCCUAUAUACAUACCAAUGUAAGGCUGUCGUCACACAGUCCCCUUUGGAAGAUUUGUAGUGCUGUAUCACAAUCCUGGAUUUGCAUGAAGUCAGAGUGGGGAGAGGGGAGCAAAAGAGAAGGGAGUUAUUUUAAAUGAUAAUUUUAAGCAGCAGAGGUUGGAACAAAGCAGAGGUAGAGGGACACUGAGAAGUUUUAAGGAUAUGGGUAUGAUCGAAGGAGCUGUGAGGAUAUGGGGGGGAUUAAAGGACCCGUGAGGAUAUGAAGGGUUGAGUGUGGAGUAUAAUAGGUGUGGGAGCCAUGAAGUCAUGGCAAAGGCUUGUAGCGCCACCUGGUGCCUCGCUGACCUCGGUGACCUGCAUGUCCGUGCCUUGCAGUGUAUUAAGUGCAUAGCCUUAUAUGGAGUUAUGUUCCCCCUCUGGGCAGUAAUUACCCUAUAUGGCGAUGGGUGGGUUUAAGCCAUGACCGGAUGUAGGUAACAUGAGACAUUGGCAAACGGCCAUGCGACAGGAGAGAACAAAGGAUAAAAAAAGUUACGGGAGAGGAGAGAAGUUCAAAAGGAGCUGCUCAUACCAUCCUGAAAAUAUUGCUGGCUCUCUGUGUCUUUAUUUUAUGCUAAACUGCGCCAUUUGUGACGGCUGGCUCCGUCAAGUGGUGCCCCGUGUGAGGCUGAAUAAAAGAAUACGUCUGAGGCUUUUAAAAGAAAACCGUGUGAGGUUUUUCGAUCCACGCAACGGAUAUCAUUGACUCACCACGCCCGGCAAGGGUUUCAAGCGCUAAUCAUCUUCGGAUCCCUGGUGAGUUCGAUCCCUCUUUUAUCUGGAUUUUAGAAAAAUGGGCAGCUCUUUGUCUACUCCCCAACAGAAAUUUUUAAAAGACUUAAAAUUUCUCCUCUCCUCCAACAAAUUGGAAGUUCCGGAGGGUGAUUUGAUACAGCUCAUUCUGGCCAUCGAAGAGCAUUCCCCCUGGUUUCCUGCAGAUGGGACUUGGGAACUGAAACAUUGGGACAAGAUUGAGGCACAUUUUCAUGGGCACCCCAGCAUUGGUAUUCGGAUUCUAAAUGCAUGGUGCAAGGUUCGUUACUCCAUGGGCUCUUUAUCACCAAAAAAAUAUCUCCCUGGCUGCAUUGACAACACAACCUCCAGCUUCCUUAGUCCAGCCUGCUGUGUUAGCAUCUGUUCCAAUACUUGCUUUGCCAGCAGCCCCAGACCCCAAACCUCCGGACUACAGUUCCUCACCAGAGGACCCAAUCCUGCAAAAAUACCGUGGUCUGGCUGGAAAUGACCCUACUCUUUCAGCGGCAGAACCAGCUACCCCUUUUCAACGUGCAGUCCUUGCCUGUUCCUUAAUUCAGGAUACUAUGGCAUUCCCUGUUAUUGUGCCCCCUGCUGGUGCCCCGGCAGGCACUCAAGCCCAACACCAACCUUUUGACUUUAAGAUCUUGAGAGAGCUGCAACAGUCAGUAAAGGCCAAUGGACUCCAAGCCCCAUAUACGCAGGCGCUUUUAGAAGCAACAUUAGCCCAGCUCUUGGUUCCAGAGGACAUCAAGCCUUUGGCCCAUACAGUGUUACCCCCAUCAGCUGGUGUUUUGUUUGCCCACGAAUGGGAAACUGCCUGCCGUGCUUAUGCUCCAGCCUUGUUACAAGUCAGAGGAAAUAAUCCAAAUGUUAUCCUCGCAGACGUCAUAGAUGCCAUGAUGGGGCGUGGUCCCUUCAUUCAAGCUUCAGUGCAAGCCACACUGCUGCAAAUCUUAUUGAGGGACACCGCUCUUGCUGCUAAACAAGCAAUGAGAAAAAUCCCAGAACCCAGUAUUCAAUCAAGGUGGGGUUCAAUCAGGCAAGAGGCAAGAGAAUCAUAUUCUUCCUUUAUGGACAGGCUGCUUACAGCAGUGAGUCGCCAAAUUGAAAAUCCUGAAGCCAAACAAAUAAUCAUCAAACAAUUGGCCUUUGAAAAUGCCAAUGAGGAUUGUAAACUUGCAUUACGACCGAUAAUACACAAUCCUGCCACAGACACAGCAGCCAUGCUUCGCAUUUGUCAGUCUGUAGGUACAGCCACCCACAAGGCUCAUCUGCUGGCAGCAGCGCUAAAUGAAAACCAGCGUGUAGCCACCGAUACAACUUGUUUCCAGUGUGGCAAACCAGGAUCACCAAUACCCCAGUUUGGGUAGAAUAGUGGCCUCUACCAAAAGAAAAAUUAGCAGCGGCGGCCCAGCUUAUUUCUGGACAAUUGACCCUUGGCCACAUUGAACCGUCCUCAUCUCCCUGGAACUCCCCAAUUUUCGUUAUUAAGAAAAAAUCAGGCAAAUGGCGUCUUCUGCAGGACAUGAGGAAAAUUAACCAACAGAUACAGCCAAUGGGAACUUUACAACCUGGCAUGCCAAAUCCAAAUAUGCUCCCACGAGAAUAUCAGUUGGCGGUGAUUGAUUUAAAGGACUGUUUUUUUUUCUAUCCCACUGGCUCCAGCAGACAGGGAACGGUUUGCUUUUACAUUGCCAGUAUAUAACAAUUCGCAGCCCACCCAGCGAUAUCAGUGGGUUGUCCUGCCUCAAGGCAUGCGGAACUCCCCUACACUUUGUCAACAUUUUGUGGGUGAAGCAUUGAAACCUUUCCGCAUGCGCCACCUAGAGGUGCUGCACAUGAGCUGCAUCUGGCAGUGUUUGUCUUCCUAACCAUUUGCCUUGCCAUCCUUUGCUGCACCGUUAUACAAGGAAGAGACGCAGACGACCUAGUCCAGUUGAAACCACCAUAUUUCACCUCAUCGGCUGGCAAGCAGUUGUCAGCUUCCUACUCUGGCUGGCAGUAUCCACGGCUCAGCCACUUUCGAACUAGAAGAACAGUAUUGUUGAAUAAGACUUUUGGGGGAGAAAAUUAUCAUAAGAUAUGGAGGGAUAAUAUUUUUGUACAAGAUAUGAUUAUGUUUACCAGUUUAUUGCAUGCUUCUAAAUGUUGGCUGUGUAUGCACAUGGCGCCCUUUGCCAGUCAUUCCGGCAUAAUGCUUCAUGGUGUGCCUGUCAAUGGAUCUUUUCAAUUUACUAAUAUUAUAUCCCCUAAGCAAACUUUUUGGCCUCCAGUAGAAUUGACCCUCCAUGAGCCUGCCCCCAUUUGUUUUCAAAUUAAAGAGGGGAAAGAAUCAUGGGGCAUAUAUCCAAACUGUCAAUAUACAUUGAAAUUCACUUUUAAUAGCUCUUGUUCUCUUACAGGAACAUACAGUGACCAAUCUCAGUGCUAUAGAAGUGACACCAGUGCAUGGCUAAUAAACUAGAAAGGAAGCCUACCAUGCAGCUUGGAAUCAGAAUUCUUAUAUUCUUGGCUUCCAGAUGGGAGUUGGCUUCGACAUUUAUUGAUUUUAGUGAUCAUUAUAGUAGUUAUUUGCGUUAUUUUGUGUUGCUGUAUCCAAUGUAUUCCUUCCUUAAUCUCUAUAUGUACUGCAUGGUUCUCCCGUCAGCAGCCUGCUUCUGGCCUCACAAGAGUCGCCUAUCGCGCUCGAUAUAACCAUAUUGGUACUGACAUAUAUGGCUCUGAUAUAAAAUAAAGAAAGAGGGCAUGUGGGAGCCAUGAAGUCAUGGCAAAGGCUUGUAGUGCUACCUGGUGCCUCGCUGACCUCGGUGACCUGCAUGUCCGUGCCUUGCAGUGUAUUAAGUGCAUAGCCUUAUAUGGAGUUAUGUUCCCCCUCUGGGCAGUAAUUACCCUAUAUGGCGAUGGGUAGGUUUAAGCCAUGACCGGAUGUAGGUAACAUGAGACAUUGGCAAACGGCCAUGCGACAGGAGAGAACAAAGGAUAAAAAAAGUUACGGGAGAGGAGAGAAGUUCAAAAGGAGCUGCUCAUACCAUCCUGAAAAUAUUGCUGGCUCUCUGUGUCUUUAUUUUAUGCUAAACUGCGCCAUUUGUGACGGCUGGCUCCGUCAAAUAGGUGGGAGGUUUGGUGGGGUAUGUGAAGAACAUGUGCCAGUACUGUUGUGAUGUCAUUGUUGCAUCACAGUCAAAGCCUCCAUUCCUUGCUAAUCAAUACUGAUGGGCACAGAGGACUUUGUGCAGCUACAUUCUACUUUGUAAAAACAGAUAAAGAAAUCAAGAUUACAGUACUUGGAAUUGUGAAUAAUGGAAUCCUGUGAACAUUUCUUGCCUCAAGCAAACCUUCUUCUACUCUGUCCCUUCGUUAGGUGGUGUCUCUGUAUUUUAAUUUUGCCAUACACAUCAUGACAUCUAGUUGCCUUAAUAGGCAAAAGCCCUGUGUUGCACAAAGGAGAAGGAACAAUGGAGCAGCUGUUGAGCUGAGGCCUCUGCACUGCCUUUUUAUGGAAAUCUGUUCCAUUAUUUCCAUAGGAACUCUUGGGGUUAUUUUGGCAUCCAAGACAUUAGAAAGGACACUGAGCAGCUUUGUUAGACAAAGGCAGCCCUCCUGGUUGGUUCUGGCAAAUACCUGUGUCCCUUCCAGUGAUAAGGUGGUUUCAAAAAGCACCCCCAAGCUAUGCACCUGCUUUUUCAGAGGGAGUGCAAUCCCAUGAACAACUGGCCUUUCCCUUUAAUUCCUGGACCUGGAAACCACCCAGCCAAAAGAUGCAAGUGUGAUACGUAUCAGAGCAUGAGACUCUUAAUCUCAGGGUUGUGGGUUCGAGCCCCAUGUUGGGCAAAAGAUUUCUGUGGUCCCUUCCAACUCUACAAUUCUAUGUAGAGUAAAGUAGUAAAUGCAAAUCUCUCAAUGCACAGUAAGCACUUUAUUUUCAGAAAAGUGUUCAUGGCACAGGAAUGGCGCCAGAUGUUGGGGAGGGUGCUUGGCAUGGGGCCUUGGGGGGCCCCCAGGACAGGGUGCAGCUGAACUUGGCUGCUGUUUAGAAGUGACCCCACCACUGAAAAGCAUCUGGGGGCUUGACGGGGAAGGCAGAGAAUGGUGACAUCCUGAGUCAGGCUGGUGAGAGGACUUUCCCUUCCCCCCAGGCCCCUGUUUGGUGCAUGAAUGAACCAACUGCAGUCGCUGGUUUCAGAAGUGAAGCGUUAUGAUAAUAAUUGCCACCAUGGAGCCCAAACAUGACUUCUUCUGUAUUUAUUGAGAUUGUAGCUUUGUUGCAAAACGAUGCAUAGUGGACUUUGGCAUUUAGAUCUUAGAACUUCAUGUUUAUAGGACACUUAUAAAUCUACAAAGCAGGGCCUGCCUGUCUGUGUUUAAUUAAUUCACACGUCUCUUCCAGAGUUGGGUCAUCUUGCUUUACUGGCAGGAAACUGAGGCAGAGCAACACUGGUUUGCCCAAGACCACCUCUUUUGAAUCAGUGACAUAGGAGGCUUGGCUGAAUUCUUCUUCUACCCACUGGGCCAACCAGCUCCCUUGUAGAUUCACUGCCUUGAAAUUAGGAAUUGAUAUAUGUAGUUGUAAUAGCCUUGUGAACAGCAGGCAAGAAGAGAUGACACCAUAUGCAGAUUCUGCGUAAGCAACCCCCUGGGGCCUAUUUCUGCAAUGAAAGAGAAGUCCUGGCUUGCAUACUCAGCUAUUACUUUUCAGGUGCUAACAUUGGUGGGAGGUUAUUUUGCAGCCUUCUCUAUUAACCAUCUCUCUGUGUGGCAUGAAAAUCUUACGGCUGUGCUUGGGUCAUUGUCUGUGCCCUUAUAACAAAGGCAGAUCGCUUACUCGCUUGAGAAGAGGAGAUGACGGGGGAAAUGAAGGACCUGGCGAUCAUUUAUUUAUGCCACAGUGUUGCAUUUCCUUUUGACUCUUCUAGACUUUUAAAGUCUGUAGAGAAAAAGAGAGAAGUGAUGAUGUUUAAAUAAAAAUGGCUGAGAAACUUGAGAGGGGUGGCAGGAAAAGGGCUCCAAAAACGGGUCAGUAAGGCAUGGGUCGUAUAUUGCUGUGGAAGUGUCGCAGCCUGGAGACACAGGCAAUAUUACAUUAAUAUGUAUUUGUAGGUAUUUAUGCUCAAAUUCUUUGCCUGCAUUUCCUUCCAAAGACACUCUAAGCAGCUCACAUGAAAAAAAUUAGACUAUAUGAACAUGUCAAGGAAGAUUUGGUUUGGUAAAGAAGUCCAGAAACAGGAAUAAAAGCAAGGGGGACACUGAUGAGAAUGGGAGAGGGUAGCUAGGUAGUUUUCUACACUGUGGCUAGGAAGGAAAACAUGCUUUUGUGUGUGUUUUUUGUUGUUGUUAUGAACUACUUCCAGUUGGGUUGGUAACUUUUUAUGGUAAUGCUGUGCUUUACAGAUUACACAGCCAUCUCCUUCAAUUAUCCAGGCUUGCACAGUGAGUCUUUGCCUGCUAUUAGGAAUGCCUCCCCUUUUCUCCAUCAUUUGCAGAUCCUUGGCCUCUGUCCAUGUACCCAGCGAUAGUCUUGGUCAGAGUUCCACUUCAGCUAUAUCUGACAAGACGUAUGUCAGGAAUGUUAUGCCACUGGCUCCCCCAAAGCAUGACGGACAUUCAAAGGGGGAAACAGAAGAAUUUUGGUUAUAUAUAGCUAUACCCCAUGUCAUUUACUCCUUUGUUUUCAUCCCAGUUGGUGCUCGAUAUUUCAUUUCCUCCUUGGAAUGCUUUUCUGCUCCACAUUCAGCCCCCUUAAAAAGCUCUGCAGUAAGUAUCAUUGUGGGAAGGGCUGUGGCUCAGUGGCAGACCAUCUGUUCUGCGUGCAGAAGGUGUGCCAGGUUCAAUCCAUGGAAAGUCCAGGUAGAGCUGGGAAUCUUCCCUGUCUGAGAACCUGGAUAGCCACUGCCAGUCAGUGCAUUUUGUUGUUGUUGUUGUUUAGUCGUUUAGUCGUGUCCGACUCUUCGUGACCCCAUGGACCAGAGCACGCCAGGCACUCCUGUCUUCCGCUGCCUCCUGCAGUUUGGUCAAACUCGUGCUGGUAGCUUCGAGAACGCAACCCAGCCAUCUCAUCCUCUGUCGUCCCCUUCUCCUUGUGCCCUCCAUCUUUCCCAACAUCAGGGUCUUUUCCAGGGAGUCUUCUCUUCUCAUGAGGUGGCCAAAGUAUUGGAGUCUCAGCUUCAGGAUCUGUCCUUCCAGUGAGCACUCAGGGCUGAUUUCCUUAAGAAUGGAUAGGUUUGAUCUUCUUGCAGUCCACGGGACUCUCAAGAGUCUCCUCCAGCACCAUAAUUCAAAAGCAUCAAUUCUUCGGCGAUCAGCCUUAUAAAUGGACAAGUGCUCUGACUCAGUUGAAGGCAGUUUCCUAAGUAUCACUUGGCCCUGCGUGGGAAUUCUCAAGCUGCUUUAUACGUUUCCUCUGAUGCGUAGUUGUUCCUUGGCUAUCCCUGAAAUAAGAGCCUUUCCAUUAUCACUGAUGAAAAAGACACAGUGAUUUAAAAAUAAGCAACAAUUUAUUUCUGGCUGUUUUGGCACUGCACAGGUUUUGAAUCAGGAAUGCUGACUAUGGGACCCAGACAUGCUCUCUGCUUAUCUGUGGCAGCCACUGAUGUACAUUUCUAGAAUGACAAUUCCAUUGUCUGGCAAGUGGGACUUCCUAGCUGCUCUAGAAAGCAUUUCUUGGCAGGAGAAUAAAUUACAGCUGCCCAUAGGAAACAAUGGAGAAAUUGAAGCCUUUAGAAAAGCUAUAACUGGGUAGCAGAAGAAUGACACGCACACCCCUCAGCCACCAUAGAAAGAUAAACAAGAAGUUCAGCUUCUUUCUAACCUAGGUCUUACGUUUCAUGGGGGGGGGGAAUGAAAUUUCUGCUGAGAGAGUGGUUUUUAUGAGAGCCCUGCAGUGUAGUCCAAGUGGUGUUAUCCCCACAUGACACACUGGGCAAGGGGAUCACAACCACCGCCCAUAACUGUGACAUAAGUGGCAGGCAAAUGAGAUUGAGAACAAAAUUGACUCUUUAGAAAAGGCUGUAUGAAUUGUCACUUUCUUGACACUUUGUUGAGGAAAUGUGUAAUCAUAGAUCAACAUCAGAGUACAAAUGCUUCAAGUGAAUUUUUUGCAAAGAUUUGAAAGAACAGGUCAAGCAGUUAACUACUUGUCAGGGAACUGCCAUCGGACGGAAGGGAGGUGAAAGGGCUCACACAGGUUGGGAGAGACGCAGCAGCUGAAGAGGAAACCAACAGGGAGGUGAAAGGGCUCACACAGGUUGGGAGAGACGCAGCAGCUGAUGAGGGAACCAGCAGGGGAGAGGAGCUGAGCUGGAGGGAUGGCUCAGAGACACUUCCAGCGAAAACAGUGGAGAGGUUUCAGGACCUCCUGUAAGAACACCCACUCCUCGCCGGAAACUGUCACGCAGAGAUUCCAGAAGACGUGUUUCCGUUAAGGAGCUUUUAUGUUGGAAGCGAUUACGAAAGCAACCACUGUCGGAAUCUGCUAGUGACUAGAGUAGCCAUGUCUGAGGGGCUCUGUCACAGACAGAGGUUUGUGGACUUGAACAAACUCUGAGGGGAUACGAUUUUACGCACAAGCAGCUCAUCAUCCCAUCACACUACUGGUUAAUGAACAAUACUGAUUUCAUCAAACACUGUAUUUGUGCAUCUCUAAAGUACUCUUUCAGGCAGCAUGUUGCAAAUAAUUUAGAUGUACUUUUCUGAUUAUGGUUUUUGUCAGCGAAAAUAUUUGUGACUCAAAGAAUUCAUUAUAAAAACCAUGAAUAUGCUCACUAUUCCGUAUAACAAUCAGGAUUGUUAAAAAAGCACUUUAAAAUGCUGCAGUAGGAGUAAUACCUCUCCCCUGGUCAAAAAAAAAUAUUAAAAAAUCCCUGGUGAUUAUUUUAGAUACCCAGUGGGAAACGUUCCACAAUAUAAAAUAUAUCUGGUUGCAGCAAGCAUAGCCUUGUUUGACACCUUCAGUCACCCUGCAAACUUAAAACCAGGACUCCCUAAAAUGUACUGUGUUCUGUUCCCAGGCAAAUGGGAGCUUUGAGGGGACAGGAUGAUGUGUGUGCUUGUGUGUCACAACACAGGGGCAAUGGUCAAACCUGUCCCUGACAGCUCUGCAGCCCUGAUACAGAUCCGCCCUCCCCAUGGCUGCUAUUACACAUGAGCCUUUGACAGUUCUUUUGGGGAUUGUCAGAGAAGCAGUAUUUUGCAGUGGUUCCAUUCCUAUCUGUAGGGAUGGUUCCAAAGAGUAGCAGUGGGAGACUUUUCAUCAGCCCUGUGGCAUUUCUGCAGGUUUCAAUCUUGUCUCUCAUGCUGUUCUAGAUGUGGAGCUAUCAGGAACAGUCAUUGUAGGAUUGGGAACAAAGUGCCAUCAGUAUGCUGAUGACCCCCAUCUGAAUCGAGAGAUGCAGCAUAGGUGCUGAGCCAUUGUCCGGAGGUGGUACUGGGUUGGAUGUGGGCCAAUGAAUUGCAGCCGAAUCCGGACAAGUUCUAUGGUUGGAUGGUUCUUCAAUUCAGGAUUUCGAAGAAUGUCCUGUUAUAGAUGGGAUUGCACUCCUCUCAAAGAAGCAGGCAACAUAGCUUGGGAGUACUGUUCGAGUCAUCUUUGUCCCUGGAAACCCAGGUUGCUUCAGGGGCCCGGAAUACUUAUGCCCAACUAUAGCCAUUCCUAGUCUGUAAUAGUCUAACUAGUUACCCAUAUUCAGUGAAUGAGCUCUACAUGGGGAUACAGUUGAAAAUGGUCCAGAGGUUAAAACUGGUGCAGAAUUUGACAGCCAGGGCACUAAUGGAUGUUCCUGGUCACAUGUAUAUAACACCAAUUUGAAAAGAGUUGCAUUGAAUACCAGUGGUAUCCUGGGUCAUUUUGUGGGUGCACAAAGAGAUAGAGAUGUCAGGGAUGAAAAGUAUGAAUAAAAAGGAUGCACUGAGCUGGUUCACAUGUUAUGCUAAACCAACACAAAUGUGCAAGAAUGGAGAUCACAGUCCAUAGUGGUCCAAACCCAGCAUUCAUGACUUUUCUCUAUUAGACAAGCCAUGAGCUGUAAACCCGAGAACAAGCCUUGGCUGCAGCUCAUAGUUUGUCUAUAGCAACACAAACCAUGAGCUUGGGUUUGGACAACCUGCUACACCAAAUCAUGGCUUAGCUCAGUGCAGCAGCAGGACUAGAGGAGGAAUAAAGCCACUGUGAUCUCCUCUCUGGGAGUCUCCACACUUGUGCUAAGCCAUAGUUUGAGAUGCUUUGGGAUGGACAACUGAUCAGCCACUUGCCCAGUCACCUGUAGCUAACACAGAAGAAUUGCCUUUAAGCAACCAAGUGGGGAGCCAAAUUAGUCUUCAUUUUAAGCUGCAAAUUAUUAAUAUAGGUAUGUGUAGUCAGGUGAUUGGAAUACAAACUGUUGUGGAUUUAUCUGUGAGGCUGGUUUACAGACAUCAUUAACUUUUUAUGCGUACUAAACUAUGGGACCGAGUGCCUGGAUGUGUAAAAAAUAAUCCAAUCACAUCCUUUGAGGUGAAGAAAGAUGAAUUCCUCUAGGAAUCAAGAAGCAGCCUGCAUCACUUUCUAAAAGCAGUAGACUUAUGGGAGUUAGACAAUUGUGCAUUCUGCACUAAACAUGAUUGCAUCUACUCUACUGCUAACCUGAUUGGUAGUUAUGUGCUAUUAGCAAUGGCACUUGAACUGAUUGUUCUUUCCAAGAGCUUAAUUUCAAUUUGUUGGGCGCUAACAAUCAGUUGCUUUAUUAUGUCAGCCACGCAGCCAUGGAUAGUGAAGAAUAAUCUUAGAUUCUAAUCAGAUCCAGAUAAGAAAGGGCAUCCUCUGGCUAAACUUGUUUUUUCUUAUCUAGUGAUUCUGAUUAGUUUUCACGCAACAGUUAAGUUGUUGGGUUAUCCAAGCUUUGUGCAAUUAUUUUUUCCCCCGGUACAGAUCUGCUUUGUCACCUGAACUUGGCAGAUCCCCCAGCACUUUGUAGAGCAUAGCCCUUGCAAAGAGGCAUUAAUUUAGCGCUUGGUCUCCUCUUGCAGCUGCUUUUGAACAUGGAAGACCAGGGUUAAACCCUUUCCCAACCAUAAAGCACCGUGAGUAGCCUACCUAACAAAGUAAUUGUGGAUAAAGUAAGAUUACAGUUCAAUUUACAUAUUAGAUUAGUUGUUUCUGCUUUGUACCUAUUGUCUUCAGUGGUUGCGUCGAACAAGCUCAGAUAUUGGUCUGAUGUGUUUUCACAUAUGAAAUUGAUUUUUAUCUUCAGUGUAUCUACUAUGACUGUCAUUGGAUAUCACCCAUUAUUUUUGAUUAUUGAUAACUGUGCGUCGCCUGCACCAAAGUCCCUAGGCAACUUACAACAUACAAAAUGGGAAACACCGUGAAAAAUAAAUAAAGAUGAUCACAUAAGAGCAUAAGUAACCCACAUCUAAAAUAACAACCCCAAUUAACAGCACAGAAAAUGAUCAGCAGGGUAAAGAAGCUAAUUAUAAAACCCUAAAAACUGUGCUACUGUUAAAACUAUUAAAACUACUAAAAUUUACUGAAACGCUUCAGGGGGGCCACGACCAUAAAGGCUUUCUCAUUGCCACCCUCCACACUUCCCAUAGAGGGGACACCCUGAGGCUUAAGAACAUCAAAUACUGGAUCCUGGAAAUGCAAAAACAUGGAUCAAGCCAUGAUCAAAGAGAAUAAUUUACUUUUACUCUUAAAACAGAAAAGUUCUUUAUUUCUGAAGACUUUUGUUAGGUUUUCUGGUUGUGCUGGAAUUAAAGGCAAACUUCCCAUAGGCAUGCAGGGCCUCUACUUAGUGGUUUUAUUCUCAUCCUCAAAUUUAAACUGAUGGUGCAGUUGGCUUUUUAUAAAGCCAAAACACCAAUAAAAGUUCACUAAACUUUUUUUUUAAUGCAAGUCAAGCCACCUAAUCUGCAACAUGUGGGUCUGGUUUUAUAUCUAGCUUUAUUUAUGUAUUUAAAAAUAACUAGCUGGCUACCCCACUCCCCUUUUAUUAUUAUAUAUUCUGGGACCCGGUUGCUGAUGGGACAUAAUUUUUUUCUUUUCUUUUUUGCAUACAUGAAAUAAAAGAUCGAGCAAGAGAUGGAUGUUGGCAACAUAAUCUUGCGUAUGGUGCAACAUGGCCUAGAUAUUGCUGCACCAUAAAAUCUAAUCAGGCUCCACAAACCCUGCUCUGUCUUCUCUUAAUGUGCCAGGCUGGUGACUACAGGGACAUACUGGGAAGGGAGCCAGUUUUAAUUACAGGAUCAGGUGGAAAAAUAAAUAUUCGGAUAAUCAUGGCACCAGGUGUCUGACAAACACAUCAAUGGAUUAAUUGCUUCAUCUGGUGCGGUUCUCUGCAGUUGUUUGGCUGAAAUUGUAUAUAGCACUGCUGCUGUGUGUAUGGUCAGAGGCAGGGGUGGGCCAGCUGGACCACUGGCAGAGGGCCCAGGACCUCAGGGCAACACACAGCGCCUGGAACUGGACACCUCUCCCUUCCCAGCCUCUUUCCAUUUUUUAUAUAAAAGAAGAAGAGUAAGCCAUUGGCACACACACACAAAAAGCAAAACAUGGCGCUGCUGUGUUCUCAGCCAAUGACAGCGAGCAGAGCUGUUUUCAGCCAAUGGGUGGGGACUCAGGACACGUGAGUUGUUUUGGUCAGCGGGUGAUAGGAUUCUAUGCUGCUUGCCUAACUUCCUUCCCUGUGAUUCCUUUCAUCAUAGAAACCAGAAUUUAUUUUUGUUGAGGCAGGUGCUUCCAAUAUUUAUUUGUGUGUGUGUGCAAAUAUUAGUAUUUCAUGUGUAUGUGGAUUUUAAAGACACGCCCCCCACGGGCGAUUUAUUUUGCAUUAAGAAUCCACUAUAUAGUUAACUUUAAGGACUUAGGUAUAUAUGUCUACUCAGCAGUAAGUUUUUUAUGUUUAAUGGAGCUUAUUCCCAGUUAAAUUAAAUGGGGUCUCAGGGUUGCAGUAAUCAGACCAGAUUAAUAUUGCUUGGAACUUUUUGGCAGGGUGGGGGGCAGAAAAUAUGGCCCUCCAUAGAACAUAGAUGCAUCAUUGUUGUUAAUGAAAGUAAAAUUUGAUGCCUACCAUUCUUAUGGGGAAACAUUUCUUACUGUUACUUUUUGUAAGGAUAUUUAUAUAUCUCCUGAAAAAGAAAAAGGGAAUGCGGUAAAACUAGCAGCGCUGAACCAUCUCUCUGCAGCAAUAUUUUGUGGACCUUUUUAUUUUAACUGUUAUAAAUAAAGGCUGUAUUCUUUCUGAUCUGGAAUGUAUGUGGAGUGGUGGGUAGGGGUUUCUGACUCAAAAUAGUGUCCUAUUCCAUGCAAAGCCAGCUAUGGUGUGAUUCCUACAGAGUCAGAGGUGAUCUGCAUGCAGUGCUACAGGGGGAAAACCAGACUUCUUGAAAUUGUCUGGGUAAGCUUUUACUAAUUUACCCUGACUUGAAUUUUCAUAGGGAGCAACCUCCUUUAUUACAUAUGUCAAAUAUGCUAACAAGGUAAUAGAUGUACAUACUCUAAACUACAUUGGAAGAUAAAUCAAAUUAACAGAAGGUUAUUAAAGAACUAAUAUACAAUGAUUACUUAAACACCAAGCAUUUAUUUUGCAAUGGAAAGAUGUUCUAUUAUUUUGUGAUACUCUUGUAACAUUGCUCUAGAAGUAAAAAAAAAAAAGUGAAUGAGAUAUCUGUUAAUUAUAUUUGCUCAGCUCUACUUUUCUGGUACAUUUCAGGGGCCUUCAAGGGUAAAAUACUAGAUUAUAAGUUGAUAAUAUUUGACCCACUUUACCACUGUAUGCAUUGCAUACACACCAUACAUAUAAAGUAGUUUGAAAGCACCCCACCUCAGAAUCCUGGGAACUGAAAUGUAUACUUCGCAGAACUAUAGUCCCCAGCACCCUUAACAAACCAUAGUUCUCAGGAUUCUUUGGGGAGGUGCUUUAAAGGUAUGGUGUGUAUGCAGCCUCAGAAUCAGACGCAUAAGAAAUGCUCAGAGACUGAAGGCUCCUCUGGGGCUCACAGUCUGCAAAUUCUUUUGGAAGGUUUUGGAAGGCAUUCAUCCCCACCCAUUGAUUUUUACACACUGGACCAGAAGGUUGCAUAGUCUUUUCCUGCCAUUCCCAGGAGCACAUCUGGCUGGCAUAAUUCUGGUCAUAUAGCAAAGGUGGUAGCAUUUUGAGAUCAAAGGCAAGCCUAAGAAGCUUGGAAGGAGUUGCUUUCCUUGAACUGGCUGUUCACCUUCUGAUAUAAUGAAAUCUGAUGCCAAUAAUUAUUUCAUAAUACAUAAUUGGUAUUCCACGCCUUCAACAUGAUUGCGAUUUAGUUCAUUCAGUUGGUUAGCAUAAGGAGAGGCCUGUUGGAUCAGACCAAAGGCUCAUCUCUUCCAGCAUCUUGGUUUUCUUUUCCCCAGUAGCCAACUAGAUGCCUAUAGGAAGCUUGCAGGCAGGACCAGAGUACAACAGCCCAGCAACUGACAUACUGCCUCCAACAGGGGGCAGGCUAGAGCAUUGCCAUCAUGGCUAGCCGCUCCUUGAUAGCUUUAUCCUCUAUCUAGUCAUUGCUUCACGUGGCCAGGAAUCCUAAAGUGAUGGUCAGGGACUAGUUGGACGCAGGUUAAAGAAGUGCUCUGAAUUUUGUCAUGCCCCUAGUCCCAUGUCCAACUGUACUGUGUUGCUGGAAGAGAGUGGUCUUGGCUUGCCAUAAAAUGCCUGUACUGUAGUUUCAAGUUGUUUUAACCUAUAAUGUGGGUAUCACAGUUCCUGAGCUUUAGACUCUCAGUAAUAUUUGUGCUUUUACAUGGGAUUAAGUCCUAUGAAAAUGAUGGGGUGGGUUUGUAAGUAAAUACUCAGUGGAUUUGUUUAUAUGGCACUUGAUUAUCUUUAACAUAUGGACAGCAUUUUCUUAUGCCUUAUAUAAAGGGGUGAGAAAACACUGCCAGCACGACAGCCAUGUUCAGACCCUCCAAGCACCCCUGUUUUCCAGGGACAGUCCUGGACUUAGAGAAUCCAUCCCAGUUUCUGAUUUGACACUGGAAUGUCCCACUUUUCCUUAGGACAUCCCUAUUGUCAUUGGAGAAAUGUUGGCGGGUAUGGAGUUAUCCAAUCCCUGAGCCAAGGAGAUAAGUAACUAUGCAACUUUAGAAAACAUCUGAAGGCAGUCCUGUAUAGGUUUUUAAUGUUUAAUGUUUUAUUCCUUUCUUAUAUAUUUUGGAAGCUGCUCAGAUUGGCUGGGGCAACUCAGUCAGAUGGGUGGGGUAUGAUAUUAUUAUUAUUAUUAUUAUUAUUAUUAUUUAGGACGUCCCUAUUUUCAUUAGAGAAAUGUUGGAGGAUAUACAUGAUUACUUGUGGGCAUCCUGCCAUGCAAUGCAUGGCUAGGGUCCAAGGUCGAAAAGUGGAUGGAGCAAAGGAUGUGACUCUUGUCUUUGCAGAGUAGGUCAUGUUCCAGCCACACAAAAGCCUGAGUUUUCUAAAACAAACAAACAAACAAACGACACACACCCCUCUCACUGAGAUGUUAUGACUGUUCAAGGACACAGUCCAGUCAGGCAAAGGCAAUCUGAGGAUAGUCCAGCUGCAUUUCACCCUGAGGCGAAGAGGUUCCCCAUUCCUAGCCUAUAGGAAUUGUUGGUGCUUCCAUAAUGAUUGAGUUGCCAUGGUUUUUUUAACCUGAAAGUUUAUUUCCACAUUUUCCUUUUACCUUACAGGAUAUGGAAGCUGGAGUGAACUAGCUAAAGCUCUGAGGAACCAGGACAGCCCUAUAGUGGAUCCAAGCCUGCAGUUUUAUCUGCCUCAGAAACCAGAAAAUCUGGUAAGUUGAACUCAUAAAUCAUAGUAAGUGCUCCAGAUUUAAAAGCAAACGAAUUCAAGUCUCAGGUUAGUGAAAAGAAAUGGGGUUGCAAAAUCAAGUUUCAUCAGUGUACAGUCUCUGUAAGUGUUUACAGUCUAUGUUAAUAGAUAAGAACUGGUUCCUGAAUUGUUACACAAAGGUGUGGCUAAAAUUAUGCAUUGCUUUUAUUCCAAACAGUUUAUGCCCUGCACACCUUAGACACCAGUUAUGCUAAUUACUCUCUUGGAUACAAUUGCAGUUGCAGAGGGCACUCUUUUAAUAAUUACAGAUAAUUAUCAGGUAUUUGCAGCAGGAACAAAAAGGGAGGCAUCCUUUAUGGCUGUCUAUCCACUCCACCCCAGUUACAGUAGGAACUCCCUGCCAUUGCUGACUCACCUGACUGCUUUUCAAGAGCAUUGAUCUACUUGCACUUUGACGUGCUUUCGAACUGCUAGGUGGGCAGGAGCAGGGAUCGAGCAACGGGAGCUCACCCCGUCGCGGGGAUUCGAACCGCCGACCUUCUGAUCUGCAAGUCCUAGGCUCUGUGGUUUAACCCACAGCGCCACCCACAUCCCUCAUUGUAUUUGGCCCAAAUACAAGGAGUACAUGCCAGAAGAGAAUAAACAGGAUUCAGCAGCUUGAUUUACCUCUCAGAUUUUCCUGGAAGACAUACGGAGCAUUCAUUUUGUAGUCCAGACCAAUGUAGUCCAGCCUUGUAGUUCAAUAAAGCCUAGGGACCCAACUCCUAUCACCCUCAGCGGCUUACCCAGUUGUCAGGGAUAAUGGGAGCUGCAGUCCCAACAACAUCUGGGAACCCAGGAUUGAAGAACAUUGAUCUUGGCUGCUCUGUCCACUUCUGAGUGACACAUUUCCAGGAAGACGUUGACAAACUGGGGUGCUUACAGAGGAGACAACCUAGAUGGUGAGGGCUUUUUGGAAACCAAGUCAUAAAAUAAAUGACUGAAAGAGCAUGUCAUGUUUAAGCUAGAAUAUGAGAUUAAGGGGAGGCAUGAUAGUUGUCUUCAAAUAUCUGCAGCAUUGUCCCAUAGAAGAUGGAGCAGAUUUGUUCUCUGUUGCUGUAGUGGCAGGGAAGCAGGUUUCAGCUAAGAUAAAUUUUCUCCUCCUUCAUUUUCUUUCUCAUAGACACACCCACACACCAUCCAUCCAUCCUGUCUGCCUCACUGUUAUCCAGUGGAAAUUCAAGCUAUUUUCUUCAGCAGUUAGACCAGGAGACUCUUCAGUCUGUGCAGUCCCCAGUGCCCUCAGCAUCUCUUUUAUCUUUUGUUUUGAACAAGUUUUGAUUUGCUCCACAAGCCACCAGUUGUCCACCUCUGAGACAUAUUCUAGCCAGCCACACAGACUUAUUUUCUUGUUUUUCAUUCUGUAUAGAUUCAUAGCAGAGUUAACAGAAGAAGCAACAAUAAGACAAAUCCUGCAACUUUGAUUAACUCUGCCACCUGGAGGCCUGAGGUUAGUGUUCAAUAUAAUGUAUUGCAACUGAAUUAAUAAACCCAUCUAGGUACCGUAUUUUUCACCCUAUAGGACGCACCGGCCCAUAGGACGCACCUAGUUUUUUGGGGGGGGGGAAUAAAGAAAAAAAAUUAUCCCCCCCAGCUUCAGCGCGCCCCACGCUCCGGGCAGCAGGCUGCUAUCCGCCGCCUAGGGAGCCUUGCCGCACCGACCCCUCUCGCUCUCCAAGCUUCAAGUGAAAGCCUGCAUUCGCCCCAUAGGACGCACACAGAUUUCCCCUUCAUUUUUGGAGGGGAAAAAGUGAGUCCUAUAGGGCGAAAAAUACGGUAAGUUGCAUUUCAUACAUUUAGUCCGUGUUUAUUCAGAAAAUGCUCAAAUUAGUUGGAAUUAAAACUUAGUGAAGUUUUAUUUAUAAAUAUCCUCUGGAUUGUGCUCCCAACAAAAGAUCUAAUAUGCAAGCAGCCAUUAAGCUGUUUGUUUACAGUGUUUGUAGGAUAUGAGAGAUUAAAUACAUCAUAAUAAAAACUGUUAAACUUGUGUACAACUGAAAGUGUACAAUUAUGGCUCCUUGAACUCUGAUAUGCAACCCUUGAGCUGUCUGUGUCCAUAUGGUGAGGAUGUGAGUGAGAGCCUUCUUGGUGGCUGCUCCUUUCCUUUCUAGAGAAGCUGGACUGGCUCCCUCCUUGUUGUACUCCUGCAAACAUUUUUUUUAUUCCAGCAAGCUCUGGGGAACUGACAGCUUUGACGGAAAGGGCUCUUGUGCUGUUUUUGUUUUACUAUCUGUGUUUUAGUAGAUAUGUGGUUUUUUUACAUUUCUUUAAUUCCAUAGAUAUAUUUAUUACUUUUUAGCAAUAACUUUUUACAUGUUUUACUUGUUGUCAGAGCUGCUUCCAGAUCCUAGCUCACAGAGGAUCACGCUAGCCAGCGAUCAUUAAACAAAAGUCUUUAUUGAGUUACAGUUUCCAUUCUCAAGCUGCUGCGUGCAACUCUACGUCUCAUGCUUAGACCGGCGAAGCUCCGUCUGAGUCUCCGCCCCUUGUACACCAACUUAAUAUCCUAGCCCUGCUCCACCUUUUCCGCCUGACUGUUCUUCUCUGGGUCCCUCUGCCCCCCGGGGUCUCUUCCUUCCGGGAUUCCUCUGACGCUGACGCUGACUCCCCUGACUCUUCUCCCUCCUUUCGGCGGGCUUUAGGACCUGGCUCCCUUUCCGGGCUGCCUACUGCGCCACCUUCCUGUGCAUUUGAACUUGGCGCGCGCGCCCAACCUUCCACCUUCCGUCUGACCGUUUCUUCGCUCCCCGAUGGAGGUGUGGCCACUCCUGACUCGUGCCCUCCCCCCUGUUGUGAGUUGCCAGCGCUGAUCCCUGGCGCCCUUCCUCUUCCCUGCUCUCUGGCGGUGACGUUGGUCCCGAUUUCCAACUGCUCCCCUCUGAGUCCCCUCUGGCUCUAUCUUCCUGGGGUGUCCCCCUAGGCUCCCCCCUUGCCCUGGCCACUGGUGCUCCUUUCUGUGAAUCUUCUGAUUCACUGGAAAGACUCGGAGAUCUCGGGUCGUCGUCAUCACUCAUCUUUUCUUCUGCCUCCUCCCCUCGCUCUCUGUUUCCUCCCUUGCCCUUGCCUCUGCUCCUGAACCCCUGACAUCCAUCCCCCUCGAAGCCCCCUCUUCCCCCUCCCCUCCUUCCGGUGCGGGAUCUGGGUGCUGCCGUGUCAGGGGACGAAUGUCGGAUACAGUUCGCUUCCCGUGGCGGGCCGCCAUCUGAAGUCUUCCGGUUCUUCCUCCCUGCUCUCGUUGACGACGGUCACCUCCGCUUCCAUCUCUGUGCCGCCGUGCUCGAAACCCGGGUCGUCCCCGAAAAGUCCAUGUCCGUCUCUCCUCGUUGCCUUCUGGAGACGUUGCUCGUCCUGGACCCUCCAGCCACCUUCUACGGAACUGCUCCUCUGGUCGAUCAUCCCACCAAUACGAGGGUUCUGAAGCAGAUCCUGAGGGUGACCCCUCCGGGGAACGGGCGUCUCGUGUCGGUUCCUCGUCCGAGUCGAACCCCGGAACGUGCUGGCUGAAAGCGUGGGCGUGAAAAGCCAGUCGUCGAAAAGUCUGCUGGCAUUGGCCUAUGUGGGAAGAGGGCAUGAAACUCUUCUUUGAGCAGAGGUUCGUCUAAAGCGUAGCCCGGCACCCAGCUGUUGGCACUGGCCGGGGUGCCCUCCUUGGCGAGAAGGUAUUCUACCCCCUCUUCCCCCAUCUGGAGUCCAAAAUCUCCGUGACUUCGUUGAUGCGCUCCUCCCGUGCCACUCCCCCCUGCCCGGUUCUCUCUCGGAGCGGACCCGGUGCCGUUCCUGGUUCCUGAAACCUGUGAGGUGCCUUGUAGGGAGUGAGCACCGAUCUGUGGAACACCGGAUGCAUUCUGGAACCCUCCGGAAGAGCCAGCCUGAAAGCCACCGGGUUGACCUGUUCUUCGACUUGGUAGGGCCCCAGUUGUUUAUGCCCUAGUUUCUUCUUCGCCAACGACCUGGCCGGCACUGCGUGGGCUGCUAACCAGACCCAGUCUCCCACAUGGAUCUCUUCGCCAACCCUUCUGUGUUUGUCCGCUUGUACCUUGUAUGCGUGUUUAGCCAGCUCCAGGUGCCGCCGCAGCUGAUCGUGGACCUCCUGCAACUCCGACGCGAAUGCAUCUGCUGUCUGCGGCUUCCCCUCCCCCAUUCUUUCCAGUCCCGGGAAGGUUCUGGGGUGCCUCCCGUUGUUGGCGAAGAACGGCGUGACCCCCGUGGACACGUGCUUCGUGUUGUUGUAGGCGAACUCGGCGAGAGGCAGGUAAUCCACCCACGUCGCAGGCUGUUGAUUCGCAUAACAUCUCAGGUACUGCUGCAUGAUGGCAUUGACUCCGCUCCGCUUGCCCAUUGGUCUGCGGGUGUCUAGCCGACGCCAGGUUGAUCUUGACGUUCAGGAAGCCCAUCAGCCUCUGCCAGAAGUUCGAGAUGAACUGUCGCCCUCGGUCGGACAGAAUAGACCGCGGCAGACCGUGAACCUUGAACACGUGGUCUAUGAACAGUUUGGCGGUUUGUUCCGCCGUGGCCACCUUCGCACACGGAAUGAAAUGUGCCAUCUUGGAGAACAAGUCCACCACCACCAGCACAGCCGUCUUGCCCCUCGAGCUGGGCAGAUCCGUGACAAAGUCCAGGGCCACUCUCUCCCAUGGUUCGAACGGAGUUUGCAGCGGUUCCAGCAGUCCGGCCGGCGGUCUGUGCACUGGUUUGGCCCUCUGGCAGGUGUCACACCUCGCCACGUAGUCCGCGACUUCCCCUCUCAUUCCUGGCCACCAGAAGUCUCUGGCUACUAAUUCCACCGUUUUCUCCUUGCCAAAGUGCCCGGCAGUGGGCGCGUCGUGCAGCUGCUGCAGUACCUUGGCGCGAAGUUCGUCUCCCGGCACGUAGAUGGCCCCUUUACGGAUGAGCAAACCAUCUCGCAGCUGGAACUCGUCGGUCGCUGCCGUGCCCCUGUGCGCCUCUGCCAUCUUUGCUUGCGCGAAGGAGUCAUCCUGCAACGCUCGUCGCACCGCCUCCAGGUCAACUGUCGCCGCCGUGCACGCCCACACUGUCGGUGCGAAGAUGUGCAUGGCGGCCGCUGGCGUUGCCUCCUCCAAAUACUGUGGCUUACGGGAGAGAGCAUCCGCCAUGAUGUUGGUGUCCCCCGGGACAUACUCUAUUCGGAAGUCGAAAUUCGCAAAGAACUCAGCCCAACGUAUCUGCCUCUGGUUCAGGAACUGUGCCGUGCGCCAGUGCUCUAGAUUCUUGUGGUCCGUGCAGACCUGCACCGUGUGCUUGGCGCCGAUCAGGAAGUGCCUCCACGCUUUGAACGCUGCAUGAAUGGCCAGCAACUCCCUGUCCCAGAUGGUGUAGUUCUGUUCGGACUUGCUGAGCUUCCUUGAGUAAAACGCUCCCGGCCUCCAAACCCCUGCGGGUCCUUCUGCAGCAGGACUGCUCCCACGGCUCUGUCCGAAGCGUCUGUCUCCACCCUCAUCGGCCUGCUGGGGUUGACAUGAAGCAGUUGCUCUUCCGACGCGAAGAGACGCUUGAGUGCCGGAAAGGACUGCUCCGCCUGCUCUGUCCAGAUGAACUUCUUUUUCUUGGAGCUGAGCGUGUCCGUGAUGGCCGCUGUCUGCAUGGCAAAGCCUUUGAUAAACUUGCGAUAGAAGUUCGCAAAGCCGACAAACCGUUGGACCUCCUUCCGGUUGCGUGGGCUUUUCCAAUCCAACACUGCUCGGACCUUGGUGCUGUCCAUGGCGAGCCCUUUAUCAGACAACUUGUAGCCCAGGAAAUCCACCUCCGUCACGUCGAAUUGGCACUUCUCCAGCUUGGCGUAAAGCCUAUGUUGCUGUAGCCUGCUCAGCACUUCCUUGACGUGCCUGUCAUGCUCCUGCUGCGAUUCCGAAAAGAUCAGGAUGUCAUCCAAGAAACAGACGCACGUCUUGUAGAGGAGCCCCGCCAACACGUGAUGCAUGAAAGCUUGAACAUCUUGGGAACCAUUUUGCAAUCCAAAAGGCAUAACUCUAUAUUCGUAGGUGCCCAGGGGCGUGAACAUGGCUGUCUUCCACUCAUCUCCUUCCCGCAUGCGAAUGAGGUUGUACGCCCCUCGCAGGUCCAACUUGGUGAACACGCUGCCCUUCCGUACCUUUGCGAGGAGGUCGUCGAUUCGGGGCAUGGGGAAGUCCGAUGGCUUGGUCACGCUGUUCAAAAUGCGAUAGUCCACUACAAGUCUUUUUGGGGCGUGUCCCGCUUCUUAACAAAGAAUACCGGACUGCCCCCGCUGCCUUGGACUCUCGGAUGAAACCGCGCUCCAAAUUAUGAUCUAUGAACUCUUUGAGUUCCUGCAGUUCGUCCUCAGACAUGGAAUACAACUUCCCUUUGGGCAGCGCCGCCCCGGCAGCAGGUCAAUUCUGCAGUCAUAUGGUCUGUGGGGGUAGCCUGUCUGCCUCCUUCUCACAGAAAACCUCCAAAAAUGCUGCGUACUUGUGGGGAACCGCUUGCAGCGUGCCUAGCUGCAGCUGUGACUCCUCUUCCUCUCCUUCCUGCCGGGGCACGAUGCAGUGUUCAGCGCAAAAGGAAGAGCCGAAGGUCAGCUGCCUCUGGUACCAAGCCAGCGUCGGGCUGUGCUUGUCCAGCCAACUCAUGCCCAAUACAAUGGGCGUGUCCGAUAGUUGAGUGACAUUGAAGCUGAUGAUUUCCCUGUGAUUCCCAAGUCUCAUCACCAUUGGUGGCGUCUGCUUCACCACUUGCCCCCCUAGCAGCUCCCUGCCAUCCACCGUGACAACCUGCAGGGGCAGCGUGGCAGGCAGCAACUGUAUAGCGUGCCGGUCGACAAAGUCCUGCCCUAUAAAGUCCGCAUUGCUUCCGGAGUCAAUGGUGAUUGGCACGUCCAUGGUGAUGCCAUUGGGCAGCUGGAGCGACGCGGUGAGCCUCACUACUGGUUUGGGCGGGAGGGGUCCAUGGGCUGUAAAAUCUCUGGGGACUGCUUCACUGACACGUCUGGCUGGGCCCCAGUGCCUCUUUCUCCAGCCAGACUCCGUCGUUUCCCUGCCGUGGUUCUCCUUGCUGCGUUGCUGCAGUUACCAUUGCUGAGGCUGCAGUGUGCUUGUGGAGCCUCUGGGGACACUCUUUCGCCAUAUGCUGUGGAUCAUCGCAGAUGUAACACUUCCUGUUCCCUCUAGGAGGCUUCGCUUCACUGCUGCCGGUGCUAGGGCUCUGGCUGCUGACUGAGCCCUUGCACCUCCAACCUCCAUAGGUUCCGCUCCUCCUCCUGGCGGAGGCGUGGAUUGCGCACGCGCUGCUUCUCUGGGAAGGAAGGAGGAGCCCCUGGCUGGUUCGCGCCCUCCACGCCCUUCGUCCCUGCUCCACGGACGUUCUUCCAGCCGCACCCCCACCGCCAGCGCCCUCUGAACGAUCUCCUGCGUGGUCCGGGGUCUCUCCCCUCGCAAUUUCAUCUUUAACCGAGCCGUGCAAUCCCUCCCAAAACAGGUCUCUUACAGGAGCCGAAUCUCUGUCCCAUUCCAGAGCACUGACCAAAGCGAAAAGCGGGCAUGGUACUGCCUUACGCUGGCCCUCCCUUGCUUCAGUCCAUGUAUCUGCUGCCGAGCAAGAUCCACGUCAAUGCUUGAUUAAAAGCACCCAUCCAUCGCUUUAAUAAAGGCAUCCGCAUUUUGGAGCGCCGGAUCCUUAUCUCUCCACAAAUUGCGCAGCCAUGCUUUAGCAUCUCCAUGCAAAUGGGACAUGAUGAAUCCCACCUUCUCUUGCUCAUCUCUAAAGUCUUUGUUCAGCAGUUGCAGUGCACACAUUACAUCUGCUCUAAAGUUGGGGUACUGUUGCAAAUUCCCAUCGAAGUGAGAGACCAGACCGCCUGUUCGUCUCCCCAACCCAAUCCUCCGGUUUGGGUGUCAGUUGCCCUUGCUUCGUAAGCACUUCCAACCUGACCUGGAGAUCCCUGUAGGCGGCAGCUGCGUCCUCCUCUCUCUUCCUGGAUGCAAGAGCCUCGGCAUUCAGUCGUGACACUGCUUCUCUGAGUUCCGCUAUCUGCUGUUCGGCCGUCAUAUUGUCUGCCGUUCGUGAGCUCGCUAGUAGGCACCCGCUUUCUCUCCUCUCCGCGAGGCCGUAGAUGCCCACAAUUUAGGAGACGGAGCUUACUGUCAGAGCUGCUUCCAGAUCCUAGCUCACAGAGGAUCACGCUAGCCAGCGAUCAUUAAACAAAAGUCUUUAUUGAGUUACAGUUUCCAUUCUCAAGCUGCUGCGUGCAACUCUACGUCUCAUGCUUAGACCGGCGAAGCUCCGUCUGAGUCUCCGCCCCUUGUACACCAACUUAAUAUCCUAGCCCUGCUCCACCUUUUCCGCCUGACUGUUCUUCUCUGGGUCCCUCUGCCCCCGGGUCUCUUCCUUCCGGGAUUCCUCUGACGCUGACGCUGACUCCCUGACUCUUCUCCCUCCUUUCGGCGGGCUUUAGGACCUGGCUCCCUUUCCGGGCUGCCUACUGCGCCACCUUCCUGUGGAUUUGAACCUGGCGCGCGCCCAACCUUCCACCUUCCGUCUGACCGUUUCUUCGCUCCCCGAUGGAGGUGUGGCCACUCCUGACUCGUGCCCUCCCCCCUGUUGUGAGUUGCCAGCGCUUGAUCCCUGGCGCCCUUCCUCUUCCCUGCUCUCUGGCGGUGACGUUGGUCCCGAUUUCCAACUGCUCCCCUCUGAGUCCCCUCUGGCUCUAUCUUCCUGGGGUGUCCCCUAGGCUCCCCCUUGCCCUGGCCACUGGUGCUCCUUUCUGUGAAUCUUCUGAUUCACUGGAAAGACUCGGAGAUCUCGGGUCGUCGUCAUCACUCAUCUUUUCUUCUGCCUCCUCCCCCUCGCUCUCUGUUUCCUCCCUUGCCCUUGCCUCUGCUCCUGAACCCCUGACACUUGUGUAUAUUUUAUCUGUCUUUAUUUUAAUUUUUGUGAGCCACCUUGAGUCCUGGUUCUGGGUAAAAGGCAGAAUAAUAAUAAUAAUAAUAAUAAUAAUACUUCUUGCCUGGAUGGAGGAUAAAAAGGAGCGUGUCUAGAGAAAAGCCUAAUGUACAAAGGUUAAAUUCUCAUCCAUUACUUUGGCCACUUUUGUAUCUAACCCCGUUCACCGCUGGCAUGCGACUCUUGGCUCAUAACGGUUCCCCAUCCCUCCUUUCUUUGGUUGGUUUGGAAUUGUGCCUUAUUGUCUUUGUUUAGUUAUUUGGGCUUAAAGACUUUCCAUCUCAUUUUUCUGGAUUUGGUGAAGUUGUGUUGAUAAAAGUUUGCAGAGCCAUGGCAAAUGCAGUUCAAAAUGGCAAGUGGGUUUAUUUCCACACACAUCGACCUACAGUUUUACUAAUUCUGACAGAGACCCUUUGUAAGCCAGAUUCUUUUUACCAGUGAUAUCAGCUAACCUAUAUAGUCACUGAUUUCUGUCAAAUUUGGGAGGCAGGGUCACAGGGGUGGAGGAAGAGGGUGCGUUGGGGGUGGUCUGCCCCGGGUGUCUUUGCUGAGGGGGGUGACAUUGGCAUGCCACCCGCCCGCAACUCCCAAGCCUACCCCAAGCUUUCGGGGGAAGUGGGGGAGCUGCGCUGCUUUGCCAGCGGCGUUCCCCACUUCCCCCCUCGUUUUGACAACUGGGGGAGGCUUGGGAAUCGCAGGGCGCAGGGCGCACGCUCCGCUCCGUGCAUCUGAGUGGCUAUCCCAUGCCUGAGAGGGCACCUUCCGCACCCCGCACCCCUCGGGAACACGCCUGCCCUGGGCAGCGCAGGCAUGUACUCUGCUGCUGCAUGGUCAUCUGAGGCAAAUCAAAGGAUUAUGAACUGAACCCUGUUCUGUUCCUGAAUUGAUUUUUUUAUUUUUUUCUUCCUCAGAUUAAUUUACAUAGCAGUUUGUGGAUUAAGCAUGAGAAAUCCAUACUACUUCACAAAUUAAUUACAGGGGGUAUUCAAUACUUCUGUUGUAUUGUCAGCAUCUGUCUAAGCAUGCUAUUGCACUGUGGUUCCUGCGGCUGAUAAAAGGGCCCAGAAAGAGGAUUGGGGAUGCUUUUAUUUCUGCAUGUAAUAGAGCUAGUCUUCGUUUGAACAGAAGGUAUGUGUUCCUGGCAAUAAAAGGAGGUUUGCAACAACAAAGCAUCUUUGACAGAAGAAGAGGUUUGGCAUCUUUCCCCCACAUAGCAGUUUUUAAGAAUGGAAAACCAGAACAGGGAUUGGCCUUGAAAACCUGGUACUACUUCACUCAUGAGGGUUGCAGCAGAACCCCAUGUGAUGACUGUUUGCUCUUCUUCGUGCAUCCAGGCCAGGGGUCAGCAACCUUUUUCAGCCGUGGGCUGACCACCAUGUGGUGAGCUGGACUAUAUUUAUUGGGGGGAAUGAACGAAUUCCUAUGCCCCACAAAUAACCCAGAGAAGCAUUUUAAAUAAAAAGACACAUUCUACUCAUGUAAAAACACGCUGAUUCCCGGACCUUAGGUUGCCUACCCCUGAUCCAGGCUGUGGUUCUGCCAAGCAAAAGUGCUCAUUAGUACAGUGGUACCUCAGGUUACAGGCGCUUCAGGUUACAGACUCCACUAACCCAGAAAUAUUACCUCGGGUUAAGAACUUUGCUUCAGGAUGAGAACAGAAAUCGCACGGCGGCAGCAGCGGGAGGCCCCAUUAGCUAAAGUGGUGUCUCAGGUUAAGAACAGUUUCAGGUUAAGAACGGACCUCCAGAACGAAUUAAGUUCUUAACCCGAGGUACCACUGUAUUUGACCAGCAGCGGCAAUUGUUAGAGAGCUCCCCAACCCUGUCCUAAGGGAAUUGAGUUUUCAUGAUUGUUCAGUGUUCAUGAAAGCAUGUGACUACAGGACACUACAGACACAUGUUGUUAAACUACAAGUCUUAAAGGUAUUCUGGAACUGGCAGUCCUGAACUGGGAGUUGUAACGGGAGUGCUACUGACCCUAGACAGUACUUGAAAGUGAACCAUUUGCUUAUUGGAACAGGCGGUGCUUGCAAGAAUUGAUGACAUUGCUGCCUUCUUUUUCACCUCCUCGCUGUACCUGAGAAUAGAAGAGGUCCUUGUUGCUGACAUUUCUUAACAGAUUUUUCACAAGUGCAUAGUUUUGCAUCCAAGUCAUGACUAUAGAAUGACUAUUAGCAUUGGAAGUUUAUCCAGGGAGGAGAAGCCUGGAUGUUCAGUGGAGAAACACAAGAGUCCUAUAAGCAAAACUGGGGGGGUGGGGGGAAUGUCAUACGCAGCACCACAAUGCCUCCAUUCUUCUCUGGCUCAAACCUCCUUUUUGUCUAGUUUAUCUUCACCUGCAUUUACACAUUCUUCAGAUUGUGUGUAGCUGAUUUGCCCCGGAGAUACGGAAUUGCCAAACAAUAAAAAACAGAGCAAAGCUUUUUGUUUCCUUUAUUUCUAGCAAUUACAGACCCUUUCCCAAGGUGUUGCUUUCAAGGCUGCAUUUCUAUAUUUAGAGUUUUGCAAGAUGGCGACCAGAAAAUGGCUGGUCCCGUGGAACUUGGGCAUAGGGAAGAAGGCAGCCAAAGUGGUGUCCUCCAGAUGUUGUUGUUGGACACCGAUUCCCAUCGUCCCAGUCAGCAUGACCAGUGGUGAGGGAUGAUGGGAGUCGGACAUCCAACAAUAUCUAGAGGACACUUUGCUGUCUACACCAUGACAUAGAGCAUUUUACAGCAACCAAGUCAUCUUGCCUGAUGCUAAGCAGUUCUGGGUGUGGUCAGUGCCUUUAACGGUGACCACCUGGAAUCCUUCCUUCCGUGAGGUUUCCUAGAGGAAAAGGACAAGGUACAGUGGUACCUCGGGUUACAUACGCUUCAGGUUACAUACGCUUCAGGUUACAUACUCUGCUAACCCAGAAAUAGUGCUUCAGAUUAAGAACUUUGCUUCAGGAUAAGAACAGAAAUCGGGCUGCAUCGGCAGCAGGAGGCCCGAUUAGCUAAAGUGGUGCUUCAGGUUAAGAACAGUUUCAGGUUAAGUACAGACCUCCGGAACAAAUUAAGUACUUAACGCGAGGUACCACUGUAUAAAAGUAACACAUAAACUAUUUUUCUAGUUUGGGAAUGGUUGCAUCAGAUGCACAAAUGAGAGUGUUUGGAUUUUUUGUAUAGGGAUUUUGAAAUUCAUUUUCUGGCUACUUCUCUUGUUUUAAACUUUUUAAUGGUUUUAUACUAUUUUUAUUUAUUUAUUAAAUUUAUAUAUUGCCCGUCAUCUAAAGAUCACAGGGCAGUUUACAAUAUAUAAACACAAAAAAAAAAUCCCCUUCCCUGUUUCUUUAUUGCUGUAAACUGCUUUGAUGUUUUUUAUGAUAUAGUGGUAUAAAAAUACUUUUAUAAAUAAAUAAAAUAUGGCUUUUCAAAAUAUGGCGUAAGGAAGGUGUCCCAAGCUCUCUGUCCUCCCCUCGCCCCCAUUGCUUUCUGUUUCAGCAACGUUUGGGCCUAUUAUCUUUUCCUUGCCCUUAGUUCUCUUUUUCGAGGAACACGUCUGGCAGGAAUAAAUAUUUGCUGUGUAGAAAGAGACGACCAUUUUGCAGCCCACGUGAGACUAGAGAUUUAUAGCCUCUCUUUGUUGUGCAAAUCUGCUUCUCCCUAUAAAGCUGUUUACCCAGAAAGGGUUGGGCUGCAGGGUCUGAUAACCUAGAAUUCCAGUUUAAAGUAAGUAGAAAUCUCUAGGCCUCCAAAGUGCAAGUCAGCCAGCACUUCUGAUAAAGUACGUGAAAAGACCUGUGCACACACCUGACUGUUAAUACACCUGUUGAGUAAGCUUUAAAUUAGGACUGUUGUCCAGCACUCAUUUAGAAUAGAUCCCAGGCCCAGCUGGAGCUCUCUAAACCUUGGACAGGAUAGUACUGUGCAAAAUUGGCAAGUGAAAGGCUUCAAUUUGGAACAGUUCUGGUUAUUUCCCUACUAAACCAUAAAAAGCACCAGUCUCAGAUGGGGAAUACAUUCCUCUUAAAAACCUUUGGCAAGUCAACAUGCCCUCUUGCUAUACCAGGUUGCAAAUGAGUGGGUGUGCCAUAUGGGCACCAGAUCAUCUGGACUGUGAUUAAUAGGAGUAUCUCCUUAUGCUUGAAGUUCCAGGGCCAAGUCAACCUUCAUGUCUUUGAGGACUGGUGCGGUGGCUCCGUGGAACAGCUGAGGAGGAACCUCCACUUUCCGCUGCAUCCCCACGUGAGUCUUUUGUAUCCUUGUGCCAAAUGGAGGGUCCUCUUUUCUUAGGUUCUGCCCAGCUUCCUAACCAACUGUGAGUCAGUGGAGGUUGGUCCUGUAUUGGCGAAUGGGACACUGUCCCUCCAACCUCCUUCCACCUGCCUGCCUUCUUACCUACAACUUCUCGGGGUGUGCCUCCACCUACUGUUGGUCUCCCUGCCUUCCUCCCUACCUGUCCCAAUGGGCACCAGCCACCACUGCUAGAGUCAGCAGACAUUUGCUGCAAAUGCUAUACACACUUAGCUAGGAGUUAUUCCCAUUGAAUUCAUUGGGAUUCAUUCUGAGUAGGGUUUUGACUUGAAGAACCACCAGCUUCAUGGUUUGCUUGUUUUUAAGCAUUGUGGAAGAUACCUGGCCACUGAAAUUUACCUCCAGAGAGUAGCCAGAAAGAGAAAGAGAAAGAGGGGGAGAGAGGGAGAAUAUCUGUUUUAGCAAGGGCUUCAUUGCAAAUUCCUUCAUGAUCCUGGAGAAAGCUGAACUCCUACCACCCAACUGCAAAGGGUAGGAGCACACUUUGCUCCAGAGUCACAAAUGGGGUUUCACUGAACCCUCUCCUAACAUGGAGCAAAAAACCUUCAGUUUAGCAAGGCCUUUGAUGCAACCCCCUUUGUGAUCCUGGAGCAAGGUUCUUUGAAGGUGUGCUGGGAAUGUGCCUUCAAAGAGGUUUUCACCUGACAUCAUUGUGGGCGGUCCUACUCACCUGUCAGAUUUGGCAGAUGAGGGGUUGGGCAGAUAUAGGGGUAGGGCUGCAUGUUUUUCAUACUGACAAGGAAAACCCAAGCCUGUAAAACACUCCAGGAAAUGGAGAGCAAGGACCAACCCAGGGCCAUUACUUAUUUCAGGUUACUCAGCCUUUGCUCUUCAUUUUCUGCUUCUGUGCUCCCUUCUCUACCUUCUCCCAAUAGAUGCUUCCCCUUCCCCUGCCUCCAAUCCAAUUUCAUAAUUGCAUACUUGCUUUUUUCCCCAUUACACUUUCAGACACGGACUAUUCUGAAGAAACUGGCAGCAUCUCCAAAGUGGACAAACUAUGGGCUACGCAUCUUUGGCUAUCUGCAUCCCUUCAGUGAUGGUGAGGGAGAGACUGAUAUGGGCCCAGGUUGGAGGGAAUCUGAUGAAAACAGAAGGCUUUAAACCUGAACAAAACAACAUUUUACAUUUUUUUACUUCUUUCAUUUAUUUAUGUACUGUUUCCAGAUUUUAGAAGGAGGUUCAUUCUUAUUCGAUGCUCAUUUGAAAAGAAACUUAUUGAGGUUUCUCACAGAUGAGCAGUAGGGAGCCUGAGACCCUCCAGAUGUUGCUAGACUCCAAACUCUCUUAAGCUGGAGUCAGCAUAGAACCAAUGGUCCAGGAUGAUGGGAGUUGUGGUCCAACAACAUCUGGCAGACCAUAGCUGCCUCCACCCCUGUAACAGAGAAAAGAUGUGUGACACGCCUUUACAAAAUCUUUUCCCAUACUGCUGUUUCAAAACGUGUAUAGCAUCUCAACAAGUUUUCCAGAAUUAUUAGUGAUAGCUUGACCCUUUAUAAUAACCCAUUUGAUGUGAACAAGGGGGACUGCUUGCAGUUUGCUUUCAGAUAGCCCAAUGCUGUACUUAGAAGUCUCAACAAUAAGGGCUUCAAUGUGUAGCAACCCCUGAUGUCACUAGGAUGUCAGGUGACUGACAGGUGGGCAUUCCAAGCGGCCUGCCAGGGGUGGGGAGAUAAUGAAGUGGCCUGCAGACUAGAAGAGCUUUGUCACUCCGGAUAUAGAGGUAUUUAACAGACUUCUUGGCAACCUUGUAAAACUCCCAUCCUUGGGGAGCAGCCUUUGCCAACCAAGUGCCCUCCAGAUGUUGGGCCAGAGCUUGUAGCUGGCUAGGGCUGAUUGGAGUUGUAAUCCAACAACCUGUGGCAGGCACCACAUAUAAAUCCUGUUGGAUAAAUAUAUAUAUAACCAGAUAUUUCAUCAGCAGUAUGCAUUCCAGUUCGUUGCAGUGCUCAUGACAGGAGAGGAGAGUACAACGAGAAAUGAGUAGGUCAGGCAAAGAAGAGCACUUGGAACAUUCCUUUCUGCUCUCAUAGCACAAAACUAGAGGUUUAGGUGUCUACAUUCUGGUUCUCCCCCCUUCCACCUUCAAAAGAGGGAUUAAGGCUUGCCUUCCAUUGUAGAAGAAAGCUAUUCUCUUUGUCUCCCAAACAGAAUUUCCUAAUGUACCAGUUAAUCCCAGGAAUCUCUCUCUCUAGGUGAGUUUCAGUUUGCUAUUUCUGCCGACGACAAUGCAGAGUUCUGGCUGAGUCCAGGCGAGAGCAUCUUGGACCUCCAGCUGCUGGCAAGUGUCGGCAAGGUACAGUACCUGGGGCCUGGUGGGGCAGCGGCGAUUGGCACUGUGGCCAAUGUGCAAGCCUAGCAAUGGUGUCGCAAUCGGCAGUGAACUCCCUCGCAGGAUAUUGGACAUCUACUGUUCUUUCAGCUUUGCUUUGAAACAGCUGGAUGCUGCUCUGCAUCAAGGUUCAAGAAUGACUAAAAAUACCAAUCAACAGCACUGGAUCCACAGGAACAUAAGGCGAGCCUGCUGGCCCAUAAGGCUAAUGGACCAUCUGUUCCAGCAUCAUGUUCUCAAGGUAGCCGGCCAGAUGUUUAUGCGAAGCCUGCAAACUAGGCAUGAGCACUCUGCCCACCUGUGAUUCCCAGCUCAGAGGCAUAUAAUGCCUUUUGACAAUGGAGGUAGAACAUAGCCAGCAUACCCUUUAGUAAAUUAUUGAACACUUGCAUUAUUUAACUUGGGAAGGGCUCACAGCUGCUCAGUAAGCAAACAAGGAGUGUGUUGCAACUCCAUCUGCUUGAGGAAUAACGUAAAGGGGACUUUUUCUGUCUUUGUACAGACUGGGAAGGAAUGGACGGCACCUGGGGAGUUUGGGAAAUUCAAGAGCCAGAAGUCGAGGCCAGUGAAGUGAGUGAACUUCUUAGCUGCUGCUUCUGUUUUGCCCAGCAGGCUGCAAGCCUACUCAGUUGUCACCGACCACCAAGGACCAACGCAGCCUCUUGCCCUGCAUUAAACACGAUCGGCAUGCAUUCUCCCAUACUGAUCUCCAAGUUUUUAAAAAUACUGUUUUAGAACAUUGCAACUUCAAGUGUGUGUGUGUGUGUGUGUGUGUGUGUGUGUGUGUAAGUUAAGGUUACCAGACAUCCCCAUUACCCGGGGACAGUCCCCGGAUUUACAAACCACUCCCCUGACAAAAUCCAUCCAUUCCAACUGAAGUUGAAAAGUGUCCCUGGAUUCAUUGAAAAAAAUCUGGUAACCUUAGUGUAAGUAAAUUAAGGUUUAUCAUCAGUAGUGUGCUGUUUGUCCUGCUUAAACCUUAAAAUAACCUGAGAGUGCCUCCUGGUGGCUAUUAUCUGUAUUUCCUAGAGACAAACUAAUUUCUCUCUUUUCUCUGAUGAGAUAAAUUUCCCCUAAGAUUCUCAAUAAUCAAAUGGCAACUACAGUGGUGCCUCGCAAGACGAAAUUAAUUCGUUCCGCAAGUCUCUUCGUCUUGCGAGUUUUUCGUCUUGCGAUGCACGGUUUCCCAUAGGAAUGCAUUGAAAAUCAAUUAAUGCGUUCCUAGGGAAACCGCCUUCAGACCAGGUCCGGGGACAGUCUGUCCCCGGACCUCUUCUGAAGGCUGGGGGGCAAGGGCUUUUCUUCCCACCCCAGCAUUUUAAAACCCCGGGACAGCGGAGGACUUCUCCGCUGUCCGGGCGAUCUUAAAAUGCUGGCGGGCGGCAUUUAAAAUCACCCCGGGACAGCGGAGGACUUCUCCGCUGUCCGGGGCAACUUAAAGCCCCUGGGAAGGCAGGCAGGGGGACAAAGACUUUUGCCCCCGCCAGCCCUCAGAAGAGGUCCUGGACCACUUCUGAAGGCGGGCGGGCGGCAAAGUCUUGCUCCCCGCCUCCAAAGCCCUCCGGGACAGGCAGGCAGGGGGAGCAAAGACUUUCGCCCCCGCCCGCCUUCAGAAGGUCUUCCCUCCCCCGCCCGGCCCGAGCACCGUUCCGAGCCGGGCGGCGGCGGGUGGUCUUCCCGCCCCACCGCCCGGCUUGGCCGCACCGUUCCGAGGCCGGGCAGUGGCGGGAGGUGUUCCCCCCCCCCCCGCCCGGAUUGGGUGCACCGUUCCUAUGCCGGGCGGCGGCGGCAGGUGUUCCCUCCCCCGCCCGGCCGGAGCACCGUUCCGAAGCCGGGCGGCGGCGGGAGGUGUUGCCGCCCCCCCCCCCCGCGGCGGAGCCCCGUUCCGAAGCCGGGCGGCGGGGAGGUCUUCCCUCCCCCGCCCGGCCGGAGCACCGUUCCGAGCCGGGCGGCGGGGAGGUCUUCCUGCCCACCGCCCGGCUCGGAGCACCGUUCCGAGCCGGGCGGCGGGAGGUCUUCCCUCCCCCCGCCCGGCUCGGAGCACCGUUCCGAAGCCGGGCGGCGGCGGCAGGUGUUCCCUCCCCCGCCCGGCCCGGAGCACCGUUCCGAGCCGGGCGGCGGCGGCAGGUGUUCCCUCCCCCCGCCCGGCCGGAGGAGCCUUCCGAGCCCGGCGGCGGCGGGAGGAGGUGUCCCCGCCCCGCCGCCAGGCUUCGGAGGAGGUCCGAGGACAGUGGGAAGACGCGCUGCGCUUCCCCGCUGUCCCUGAGAUUUCCUAUGGGCUGUCGUCUUGCGAAGCAAGCCCAUAGGGAAAUUCGUUUUGCGAAGCGCCUCCAAAACGGAAAACCCUUUCGUCUAGCGGGUUUUCCGUCUUGCGAGGCGUUCGUCUUGCGGGGUACCACUGUAUGGAUUCAAUCAGCCAAUGUUGUCCAUGUCUAGGCUGCAAUAAUCAUUUGACAAACGUGCCAUCUGAAAAUUAGCCACCCACCGUGUCUUGUGUUGCUCUGUUUCCCUGCUUUGAGGAACUGGAACUCUGUAACUCUUGAGCUGCAUGCACAGCACAUGUUUGAAGCGCAGUCUCUUUUCCUGUGCUCUGGGUGUUUCUUCUGCUUCUAGAUAAUCACACCCGCACCAUACAUGGCUUCCCCCAUGAAAAUAUUGGGAACUGUAGUUCACCCUUCACAGAGCUGCAAUUUCCAAUACCCUUAACAAACUACAAUUCCCAGGAUUCUUUGGGGGAAGUCAUGUGCUUUAAAUGCAUGGUGUGUACACAGUCCAAGGGGCUGAAGGCUCCACUGUGACUCUUACCCAGGCAGGUGCUCUUGUAUACUCCUAGCCAGGGACUUCAGCUGUGGUUUUGAAGUUCCUGCCUGGAUCACCAUUUCCUUAGUUCCUGAGAGAGACAGGAGGGUAUAGAACAGCCCAGGAACCCAACCCAGGCAGCUGGUGUGGCAAUCUCAACUCCUGAGGCAGGGAUGGUUGGAUCCAGUGACUCCAUGGUUUAUGGUUUCUAAUCCUGCUGCUCCUCCAAGGACACUUCAGGUUCUAGGUCUGGGCAGGACUGAACUCUGACACUCUGACAGUCUUUCAAAUUGCACAGAUUGAUGCUGUCAGCAAUGACAGAAAGUAUUCCCCAUCUUCCAUGGAGACUUUGCCAUUAGAUGAAUUGACUUGUUCAUUGCCUAAUUUGAGCAAAGAUGAAGGAAAUCUUAGAAUCCAGUGGCUAUAUCCCUUAGCUGGAAGGAAUAAUUCAUCAAAGGCUUAAAUAGAACUCCAACCCAGUUUGAGUUCUUGGAAGACAUCACUGUACAGAACCAAUGGAAUCCACCCCCUUUUGACCAAAGAGUAGUAGUCCAAAGUGAUGUGGCUACUUCAGUUUCCAUGAUUGCUUAAGUGGGGAAAGAUGUUCUGCCUUAAUAGUGUUUCUUUGUCCACUUCUCUCUCGCAGGUUGUCUGCCACAAGCAAGUACUACUUUGAGGUGCUACACAAGCAAGAUGACAAAGGAACGGACCAUGUGGUAGUGGCAGUGAGUACUCAGGCUAGGGCUGCAUUCAGAUGGCACUUUAUUUCAUCAUCCCAACAUUUCCUUCCCAACUUAUUUUUGCAUUUUUAUGUGAUCUAUCCCACAUGCUCAGAGAAGACCAAUUAAUUGAUCGCUUGAAAUGUCUGACAUACUCCUGAGUGUUGCAUUGUUGUUGCUGUUUUUAAUUUAAGAAGACUAGAAAAUCACGUACAUCAGGCAGAUGACAAAUACUAAAUUCGAUUGAGCAACCAAAACAGUAACUGCAAUGUAUUCUUCCAGUACUAUACAUCUAAUAAUGCCAAAGGCACACACUAAGCUAUCUCAGGAGCAAGGAUUAAAUUAAACAAUGAGCAAUGAGUGUUAUUUUUGAUAGUUUUGCUCAUCCGUUUUUGCCUGGAUAUUCCUCCUUUGUGAAAAGCCUCACUAUCUUCACGCACAGUGUAAUAUAUUAACAGGAUCUGAAAUUGGGAAAGGAUUCCUUGACUUUGUAGAUCACAAUUGUAUAUUGUGUACCGAAUUACCUUGGACCAGUUAUGUAUAAGUACAGAAGAGGUUAGGGCUCUUAAUAGUUGUGCAGAAGAGGAAAUUUUAGCAAGGGCAGCCUUUUCUACACAACUAUUAAAGGUACAGGAGCCCCCAACCUGUCUCAUUUUGGCCACCAGACCUGUAUAGCAGUCCACCAGGGCAACAAAUCUCCUGGCUUUUCUGCUUGCUAGAGAUCUGUUGAACCACAGUAUGUAAGCAGUGGACUUUAUAUAGCUUGGCAAACUCCUAGUCGUGUGGGUCUGUUGCAGACAGAUCUCUCUUUCCUUUCCUAAUUGUCAAAUUUAUAAACUUUGAAUGCAUCUGUCUUUCUCUUUCAGUGGAAGCUGAAUGACCCAGAAACCAAGUUUGCUGUUAUUGACUCUGAAUCCCUCUCCCUUUAUGCUAGUAAGUAUCUUCCCCUCCUGCCCCCCAGGACUAAUAAGGCCAAAUGGGCUUUUUGUUGCUGUUAGUCUUCCUUCCUUCCUAUCAACAGAAAAGCUUUGCCUCUAACCGCAGCACAUCCUAGGCAGAUGCAGAAAUAUUGCACUAUACCCUUCACUUCAUACCAGGUUUAUUUCAUAGGCUUUUGAGAGGCACUGAGCUUUGAGGGAGGGCAGAAAAUAGCCUGGGAGGCUUGUGAAAUGGGACUUGCAUGUAAUUUACUGAAAUUUGGAAUUCAGGUUGGGUUGCCAGAUUAGCAUUUAAAAAUAAGGAGCACUUUGAGCUGUGAAAUCCCUUGAAGCUUGUUAGCAGUAUGUGACAGAAUUGACAAGAGUUAGAGUUGCAAGAAGAAGAAUAUAUCCAGCUGUCUUAAGAAGGUGAAUUAUUCCUUCUUCCUUCCUUCCUACCCUUUCCCACUAUUUCUCUCCCCACCCACCCCAAUGUGCUUUAGAUGAAACACUUUUGAAAAUGGACGAAGUUGGUCACAUCCCGCAGACACUGGCUACGAAUCCAAAACAGAUUGUGUACAAUCAGGGUGCAAUGGAGCACUCAGCUGACAUGCUCAAGCCUGACCCCCGAGACACCAUUUAUAAAUGUAAGCAUCUAGCUUGCUGCCAGAGCAUAGGAUUACAGCCUUAGAUGGCUUUGCUUGGGGCUGAUCUAGAGCAGCUAGAUACAAAAGAGAACACGCUCCUAUGUAUUUAAUGGUUAGUAGGAGCUCUCUCCCGACUGCUUUACGCCGAUCUGCUUCUGUCAUAGCCUCUCAUUUAUUUUCUGUUUCUCAGUGCCUCUCGUAAGGAAGUCACAGUUGCGCAAGAUCCUUCCAGACUGCCCUUACAAACCAAGCUACCUGGUCAAUGGAUUCCCUCUGGAGCGCUAUCAAGGGCUUCAGUUUGUAAGUCUUAAUUCUCAACUCAAGUCUUUGCCCAGCUUGCAGCUGCUGCUAACACUGAAGCUUAGGUUAAAGGCUGGCUUUCCUUUUAGGAAGCGGUGUGUAGUUGUCCACAGUGGCAUGUGAAGUUAGUGGAUCUAUUGCUCCACUGUCAUUUUUGUGUGUGCUUGCAUGAACUUUCUUUCAAAGUGGUAGCUGGAUGUGAGCUCACGUGGUGAUGCCCAAGCUCAGUAGCUAAGAUUGCCUCUGUUUUGCUUGCUCUGCUCCUCUAAGUUCAAACAUAUCUUCUCCACUUAUCUUGGGGCCUUAGUAGGGGGCAGCUCAGUUCUGGUUGCCACACAUUUUAUUGGCUGAACACCAAUGGCAUUCAUUCUUUCUCCAAUUUAGGCGCUAACUGGGAUAACUUGCCACAUUGAGUUUACACUUUCUUUUAACCAGUUCACCCAGACGAGAACAUUCCUGUAACAUGAAAUAAUGAAUCUCUGUAGUGCAGAGCUUUCCAAACUUUUCAUGUUGGUGACACACAUUUUAGACAUGCAUCAUUUUGCAUCACAGUAAUUCAGUUUUACUAGGAAACCGGAGGUUAAACUAUCCACUUUCCAGCUCCCCGCCCCCCCAGGAGGAGCGUGGGGUGUGUUCACAUCACACAUCUACACACUGCAGCCAACACAUGAACGUGUCGCGACACAUAGUUUGGAAAGCUCUGCUGUAGUGGAUCAGACAACAUCUCAGACCUUAAAUGCCUUAUGGGAAAUGCAGUUGAUUAUUUUGAGCAGUACUUGAUGGUCAUUUGAGUAGCAUAGAUUCUCAGUUACCCUGAAAUUGCAGCUGCUGUCAUGUGCUUCACUGUUUGUUUCUGUUACAGAAGAGUUAAACCCAGGGCUUUAAAUGUUGUUCUUGUUAGCAUAUAUCAGCUACCUUUUUCAAGCUCAAAAAUAAGGAAAAGAGCUUCUAAAUGUUUACAGGUGGUUAUCUCUCCUCUUUCGUUUUGGAAUAAGUGACUACAAAAUCAAUAGCACGACCAUUGUUCUUGGUAUGGAAAACUUAGCAUCUCUCUCAGAAUUCUACACACGUACACAACAGCCAGUAUAAAUAAAUCUGAGGCAAGUUUAUUGAUUUUUGGGCUAAUAGACCUGAGCUGUGCUCUGAAAAGUUUGGCUGUCCCUGAUCACACAAAAUAGUCCUGAAGUUUAGUUUUAGUACUGAUAUUUUUGUGUGUGGACUCCUCCCCUCCCUUUCUAGGUCCAUUUAUCAUUUGUAUAUCCCAAUGACUACACUCGUUUGACGCACAUGGAGACACAUAACAAGUGCUUUUACCAGGAAAAUGAAUAUUUCCUGAACAGGUAAAGCCUUCCUUCUUGGUAACUGAACUCUGUUGCUUUGUCACUGGAAAGCAGGGGCUGAAUUUUAGGAGAAAGGCAUUUCUAAAUAAAAUAUGUAAACUUUUUUUUUGCUAUAGAAAGUCUUUUCAGUAACUUGGUUCCUGCUAAACAUGAUGGGAUCUGAGGGUGCCGGGUGCCUUCAGAAAGUCAAAAGGAAUAAAGGAAUAAAGACUGCUUCACACCGGAUUAUUUCCUACGUGUUUUUCUACAUGGAAGAGAGAUCUGUAUUGCCUUAUGCAAGCAGAAUCUAAAGCUGCUAUUGUUGUUUGUUACAACCAAGGUCCUGUUCACUGCCUUCACUUAUUCAGUUAGCAUUUAUUAUUUGUUUCUGUAUCUAGCAUGGAGUCCAUGUCAGCUUACAGUAUAUUUUUUGUUUCUGUCACUCAGUCCAUGUAACUAUAUAAAUCCCUCUUCUUUUUAUCUAAAUAUCUGGCUAUCCAAAUGCACAAGAUACUCCCUACCCAUAAUAUUUGUGCAAAAGAGAGUUCGCAGUACCAGUAUUGCAAGAAAUAUUUUUAAAGAAGCUGCAAGAUACUUUUGGAACUGAAAAAUAAGUAGGUUGCAUUGCCACAAGGUAGAUUACAAGUGCAAGGGAAUAGCAUAAACAUGCAACCUGCUACCUGCUACCUGCAGCCUGUAAGUAGUACAGUCCAAGCGGACUUUUACCACUUGAUUCUACUGGUUGCAUAAAAUGACUCCCCUUAAGCAGAAGAGAUGUUUAGCAGAGCAGAAAUGUUGCAUACUGGCUAAGCUUAAAGAGUGUGGCAAUUGUAAUGCCUGGGUUUGCUUUUUAACUCCUGCAGAUUUGGAUUCUCCAGGUAUGUGAAAAUGGACAAGCCAGAGGGGAGGAAUUCAGAUUCUGAGGAAACAACUAAGUUGCCAGGUAUGGAAAAACCUGGAAAAGUUGUUUUAUGGUUGACUAAUGAGUGAUAAAGAAGAGAGAGACUGCAAUGGGCAGAAUCGUAGGAGGUGGUUUAAUAUCUACAUCAAAUGAGGAACAACCAGAAUGGGAAACAUGGCUGACUAAGAUGCUUAGUUCAUAUGGAAGCAUGUCCACCCCCCUGUUCAAAAUGCAACAGUUAAAGAAUCAUAGAAUUGCAGAGCUGGAAGGGACCAUGAUGGUCAUCUAGUCCAACCCCCUGCAAUGCAGGAAUCUUUUGCCUAAUGUGGGGCUCAAACCCACAACCUUGAGAUAAAGCGUCUCAUGCCCUACCCACUGGGCUAAAUGCAUCAAAAGAGAAACUUGGGAUGCCUGUAUUUUUCACCUAUAGGCCAGGGUAUUGCUAAGUAGUUAAAGGACUUGGGGCACAGGUUCAUGACACAAAUUUGCAUAUGCUAAAUUUUUAUAUAUGGAUGCAUCUGGAAAUUAAGAUGAUGGAUGACUGGAUGGUCAUUGCUCACCAGUAUUGCACUAUUCAGGCUGCAUAAACACUGUACCUUUAAAGCACAUGAAUUCCCCCCAACAGUCAUGGGAACUGUAGUUUGUUAAAGGUGCUGGGAACGAUAGCUCUGUGAGGGGGAAACACCAGUUCCCAGGAUUCUUUGGGGGAAGCCAUGUGCUUUAAAUGUAUGGUCUGUAUGAAGCCCUGGUCACCAUGUAAGUGUUGGGAUUUUAGCUCCCACAAGCUGCCAGCUCCAGGAUGUUGAGUUAAGAAUUACUUCAAAAUUAAGAAGAGAGAGCGAGAGAAAAAAAACAACAACCAAGGCACAAGAUAUGUAAUUGUGUUUGAUCUUUUCAGGCUAUGAAGGAGAAAAUUUUGAUGAUGCUCAGUAUGAAGACCCAGAUGACAUGCAUCUUCCAUUAAGCUCCUCCAGACCCAAAGUGAAAAGAGCUCCCAUCCUGGCAGCGGAGUACGCCAAUGUUUAUGAUUAUUCCCCACUAAAGCCUCGGACUCUCCUGUCAGUGGCUGGGAAAGGUACACAGAGCAAAGCUGCUAAAAAGCGGGUAAUGACAUUGGUCAACCAGACCAACAAUAAAACCAUCCCAGAAAUAAAUUCACCAGUAGGAAGGCUGUAUCUGAACAGCAGAAACCAAGAGAACUCUCCUCUCCGUGACAGAAGUGCCCAUGAAUUGCCAGCUACCAAGAGGAAAGGAGGAGAUGAGGGCAUGCAGACUAACAAAAGGACCAAAGGGAUUGGGGAACAAAAUCCCAUCAGUCGCAAGGAUUCAGCUGGAAGUAUCCCAAGAGAGACCUUGGUUUUUAAUGCAAACGGAAACAUGGACCUGUCAUCAUUAGAAACCACAAAAACGAGGCAAUCCCAGGUGCUUGACAAAGGAGCAGGGAAGGCAGCCCUCCGGGAACAGCCUGCUCAUGAGGACCAAUGGCUUAACCAAGUAGAUUCGUAUAUAGCCCAGCACAAGGCAGCAGAUGCUGCGAAUGUCAUUUUAGGAAGAGUGGAUCUGGAUCCCCAGCCACCUGUCAGGACUGAUUCUGCCCAGCCAACAGUGCACAAGGUGGAGGAUGAAGAAAAGGUGGUGGUGGUUGAGGAACAGGAGGAAGAAGAAGAGGAGGAGGUGGAAGGGGAGGUAAAUGAAGAAGAGGAGUUUCGUUACAUGCCUGCAUUUGACCAACUAGUGAACUGGCAGCAGACUUUCAGGGCAAGUAACUUGGACUUCCAGGUGCUGCGGACAGACUGGAUUGACCUGAAGUGCAACACUUCAGGGAACCUGCUGUUAAAAGAGAAGGAAGCCCUUGAGGUCACUCAUGCAUUCCUAAAGAAGCUCAACCAGAAGAACAAAGGGUAAGCCAAAAGUCACCUUGCAGACUCUGGUCCUUAUUAAGGCUGGCAACUGCAGCAUGGAACAGACUCUUUGGGUCUGGAUAGGUAGCUAAAAAUGCUGUCAGAUCUCAUUGUGAAAUGAGGACUGAGUCACUCUUCAUCCUUAAAAGGGAUGUUUGGAUAUGUUCUUCUGUAGUCUUGGGGAGCUAGGAAUGAGCUCUGAUUUCAUCUGGUCUUUAUCUUUUGGCAUUUUCACUGUCACAUUGAGUGCCACAGACUUAAACUUUGAACCUUUUUUUAAUUCACUGCAUUUAUAUCACACCUUUUCAUCCAAGGAGCUCAAAGUGGUGUACAUGAUUCUCUACCUCCUCAUUUAAUCCCCACAACAACCCUGUGAGGCUGAGAGGUAGUGACUGACCCAAGGUCACCCAUGUCCAAGUGGGGAUUUGAACCCUGGUCUCUCAGAUCCUAAUCCGACACUAACCACUACACCACUGACCUGUGAUACCUUACUCUCUGCAUCAACAGAGUCAAUAGCUGGAGGGUGGAGUUACAAGGAGUUCAGUCCAGGGUGCUGACCUUCAGCUGCGUAGGGCUGGACCAGUCUCCCCUCAGCAGGUGCCCUCCAGAUUCUGCAGGGCCCCAGCUCUCAUCAUCCCUGACCACCGGCCACAUUGUCUGGCGCUGAUGGAGUCAGACAACUUCUAGAGGGAGUCAGUUUAGGGACAGCUGGGUAGACCUGGCCAAUGCUUGGUCCCAGUCUCUUGACAAGCCCAGUGGUCUAUGGUCAGUAUGGGAUGGUUGCAAAGCAGGGAAGGACUGAAAGGGGGCUGUCAACACUACAGGUUGGGAAUCUACGGUGGGCCUUGGGUCUGGACUGGUUGAAGACCACUGCAGGAUAUGAGACAAGUUUGUUUGGGAGGUAGGAGUUGUCUUGUCUUGUUACGGAACUUGCCAUUUUUAUUUUAGUUUUGAAAGGGUUGGUAGCUGAACAUAGUUGGGGGGGAAAACAUUGGCAUGGUGAAGGCAUUAGUAUCUGGCUGAUCUCUUGCAGUGAAAACAAAAAUUGGGCAAAGGGUAACAGUGCAAAUGUUUUGUGCAUCAGGCCUGUGGACCUGGUGCUUGGUCAGACACGGCCUAAGAACCUGGUGUGCAAAUGUGGUGCUGCAUUAGAAAAGCCUGCUGGAUCAGGCCAAUGGCCCAUCUAAGGCAGCAUCCUGUUCUGACACUGGCCAACCAGUUGUCUGUGGGAAGCCUGCAAGCAGGACCUGAGCACAACAGCACUCUGCCGACCUGCAAUUCCUCCACAAAGCUCAAUACCACUUACAGAGAAGUAUAUCACAAACUAAAUAACUCUGAAUGUGGUUUCCAAAAAUUCAUUGUACAAGAAAUUCAACACCUUCUUAAAUGAUAUUUACAAUACCAAAAUAAUACACAACUCAAUAUCUCUAAGCCAAACCUGCAAUUCCUAGCAAUUGGUGUUCAGAGGCAUACUAUCUCUGACAUUGAGCAUAGCCAUCACGGUGAGUAGGCAUACACAGGAAGUCACAAUUCCUUCGUAUAAUAGGAGGACACCUUAUACCAAGUCAGACCAUUGCUCCAUCCAGCUUAGUCUUGUCUGCAUAGGUAGGGACUUCCCAAGUGUUCAAACUGGGAACAUUCCCAGGCCAUCCCUGGAGACGCCAGGGCUUGAACCUGGCACCUUCUGCAUGCAACACAUCUACUCUGCCACUGAGCUGUGGCCCUUCAUGCCAAUUUCAGGCGAUUCCAACUGCUGCGCGUCAUCAAUGUAGAGAAGCGGCAGGACCACCUGCGAGGCAGCCGCUACCUUCUGGAGCUGGAGCUGGUGACAAGGGAUAAGCGCAUUGUCCGUUUCUCAGAAUACGUAUUUGCACGGGACUGGCAUGGUAGCAGCAGCGGUGAGGAGGAGGGUAUUAUGAAGGAUCUGGCAUGGGGCCGCCAGCGCCACUUGUUGGCCAGAAAAACUGAGCCAGCCCUAUGCUGGCCAGCAGGCUUUUCCUGGAACCAUCGUGCCGUUGUCCACUUCAUAGUGCCAGGUAAGCGGGAUGUGAUAGCUUUAUGAUCUUGUCAAAAUAGCUGCAAUGGAGAAUGAUGGGAUUUUGACUUCUGCCACCUGUACUUCACCUGGUAGAGAUGCUAUAUCAGGGAGAUGAAAAGUCUCAACCAUAUUUUCCCUUAGAUUUUAUAUGCUGUAUCCUACAUUAUAGAACAGUAUUUUUAGUUCCCAUCUGGGAUGCAGGUGGCGCUGUGGUCUAAACCACUGGGCUCCCACUGCUCUGUCCUAGCUCCUGCCAACCUAGCAGUUCAAAAGCAUACCAGUGCAAGUAGAUAAAUAGGUACUGCUGCGGCGAGAAGGUAAAUGGUGUUUCCGUGCACUCUUGGUUCCGUCACGGUGUCCCAUUGCACCAAAAGCAGUUUAGUCAAGCUGGCCACAUGACCUGGAAAGCUAUCUGUGGAAAAAUGCUGGCUCCCUCGGCCUGAAAGCAAGAUGAGCACCACAACCCCAUAGUUGCCUUUGACUGGACUUAAGCACCCAGGUGUUUACCUUUUCUUUCGUUAGUUCCCAUCUGGCAACCUUAAUUUUUCUUCUUCUAACUCUCAGUGACUGGUUAAUGCCCCAUGCUCUUUCUUAUAUUUCUAGAAGAAAGACACAGCAUAUUUUUAUCAUGUAGCUCAAAUUGUCACAUAUCCUAAAAUUCUCCUAGGACAAAAUAUCCAUCUUAAGGUACUAAAACAGAAUCGGUCGUCAUAUUUAGCUAUAUGAUUUUGCUCCAGUUUCAGGUAACAUCCGUCGAACUAAAGGAAAUGUGAUAGGUGUGUUUCACAGGAGCACAGAAAAGCCAUAGGUGUGGGCUUUGGCUCUAAGAAACCAGCAUCCUAAGAACUCAACAGCUGUGUUGGUGUUCUGUUUUGCUUUGUUUUGGUUUUAAGUUAUGCAUGAAAGGAGCUAAGCAGAGGUUUUCCUCCAGAAAAAUUCUACUGGUCAAGGGAUGGAGUGUCUAGGUAUUGAACCCCUCACAAUCCUCAUAACUAUCAAAACCAUAGAAUAUAUAUAUUUGUGUGUGCAUUUUUUUUUUACCAAAAUAAAGAGCAGAAUAUUGCAAAAGGAAGGAAGUAGUGAAAACAUGCUUAAUUUGGACAAUUUGUUUUUAGCUUUUGUCACAGAACUUGAGUUCCCUUAGCGCAGAAUCAAUUUGGAUAAUUAUUUUGCACUCACAGCCCUGGGUUGAUGCCACAGUAUCAUAGAGCUAUACUAUUUAGAGAAUUAAAUGAUGAAGCCUAGCAAUUUUUUCCCCUGAUAUUGGCCUAGAUAGCCCACUAAAGACUCUGCCUAUAGUUGGACAAUACAAACUGGUCAGUGAAAGACUGAUCUGCUUUCCUCUGAGCAAACUGCUUCAUUAUCUUCACUGCGCCUCUUUGUUUGCUGUAUAGCAAUAAUGCUGUAUAUCUGUAUUUGAUAAAUUAGUAAGCUCUUAAGCUGCCACAAGACUUCAUAUAUUUUGCUGCAGCAGGCUGACAUGGCUGCUCCUCUGGAAGCAGCUGCAUUUGCAUCUGUAGCUGAAUAGGAAUAUGAUGAGCAGCCUUAUAUUGAGUCAGACUCUAUUCCAUAUAGUCUCGUGUUAGAGGUGUCAGCAAUUGCAUAUAGGGCCAUGCCCAUGUUUACUAGAACAGGAAGGAAAUUGAAAUUGUGUAUGUGUGUGUCUUGCCCCCUUGGGACACAACUCCAUCCUUUAGAACCAACUCUGGCCUCAUUCUGUUCUUCUCUUUGUUCCCGGUGCCAAACAGUGAAAAACCAGGCACGUUGGGUGCUGCAGUUCAUUUCUGACAUGGAAGAGCUGUUCAGGGUUACUAAGGACCCCUAUUUCAACGUCAUCAUCACAGACUACAGCAGUGACGAUAUGGAUGUAGAAAAGGCUCUGAAAAAGUCCUCAUUGCGCAGGUGAGAGCAGAUUUAUUGCAUUUGCAAACAGGAACAUGGGCCAGCAUAUUUGAAGCAUAUCAGGGACAGAUGCAAUAAUAAUACUUAUUCAUAGAAUCUUAGAGCUGGAAGGGACCUUGAGGGUCAACUAGUUCAACCCCCUACAAUGCAGAAAUCUCCACUAAAGCAUCUAUGCCAGAUGGCCACCCAACCUCUGUUCUACUGUCAAACAACUCUUACCAUAUACUUCUGUUGUUGCAGCCUAGAAUAGCAUUAACUGGUUUUACUGCUGCAUCAGCUUGUGGUCUACUACAACCCCUAGAUCCUUUUCACACAUACUAUUGGAAAGCCAGGUGUCCCCCAUCUUAUAUUUGUGCAGCUGAUUCUUCCUGCCUAAGUGUAGAACCUUACAAAGCCUUACUUUGUCUGUAAAAAUAUAACCCAUUUCUCGUCUUCAGGUACCAAUAUUUGCGGUUAACGGGGAACUUUCAGCGCUCCGCAGGCCUGCAAGCUGGGAUAAACCUAGUGAAGGUGAGUGAUAGCUGGCUAGGGCAGAUGCUGUGAACUACAACUCCCAUCCCCCCUGACCAUUGGCCAUGCUGGCUGAAGGUAAUGGGAGUUGUGGUCCAAAGUGUAUGGAAGGCAGCAAGCUGGGGAAGGCUGAGCUAAAGCGCCUCAGCUGCCAAAUGUUAGGUAGUUUCGGAAUGAUUUAACGGGGUUUAAUAUAAGGUUUUCUUUGCUCUGGAGCUUUCUCUAUGAAAACCAGCUCUGCAGCACUCAAUUGGAGCAAAUGUCAAUCUGCAGAAAACCUGAAUUGACAUUUGUUCUGAUGGAGUGCUAAAGAGUGGGUUGGCGGGGGGCAAAAAUAAUCAGCCUUGCCUGCUCUGACUCUCUACAGCAGCCUUUCUCAACCUUGGGUCCCCAGAUGUUUUGGGACUACAACUCUCAUCAACCCUAGCUAGCAAGGCCAGAGCUCAGGGAUGGUGGGAGUUGUAGUCCAACAACAUCUGGGGACCCAACGUUGAGAAACCCUGCUCUUGGGUUUCAGGUGGGAUAAUCCAAGCCUUAUCUGGAGAUGAUAGGGAUUGGGGCCUUCUGCAGGUAAGACAAGAUGCUCUAUGGCUGAAUGAACAUAAACCACAUGGAAGUAGAUGUAGGUUGAACAUUUGGGUUCAUCUUUCUAACUGAAAGAGUGGGUCAUCCAUAAAAAAAGUCUGCCUAUAGUAGUGGAAACUCUUUACACACACACAAAGUCAGGUAUCUGACAGGUUUGUUCUGCAUAUAAGAAGUUGUCUUGGAGCUGGAGGGUGUUGCAUGAUGUUGUGUGAUGUUCACAUCUUCCUUGAAUGGGCGUUUCUGUGAGCCUUUCCCCACGCGCACGAGUGUACUGUGGAUAACGACCUGACUGCUCCGUUUCUCUGCUUAAUUACAGGAUUCGCACAGCAUCAUUUUCCUGUGUGAUCUUCACAUCCAUUUCCCGUCAGGGAUCAUUGACUCCAUUCGGAAGCACUGUGUGGAAGGGAAAAUGGCCUUUGCACCUAUGGUUAUGAGGCUCCACUGUGGUGCAUCCCCAAAAUGGCCUGAUGGUGAGGUGCUGCAGGGAGGUUUUUUGCAUAAAACCCAUAUUAUUCUGGUCAUCUUUCCUCCUCAUUAUCACAAACAGAUUUUUCUACAGUUCAUAGUUUAGCCUUGUAGAGAUGGUUAAAACAGCGGUUUCAUAACAGAGGGGGGAAGGUCUAGGAGAAGGAAAAUAUUCUGUAUGGAAGGUUUGGUAGAAUCUUUGUCAGCCCAAAGUCAGCAGUCCUUUCUGGGCAACUUCCCAGGGCCCAGUGGUGCUAGUGGUGGCUUGGGGUUGAGAGAAGCAAAAGUGGGUGGGGAAAGGAAUGUACAGUACUUUCCUUGGUUGGCUACUUUUUAUGCAUAAUCAUACAUUCCUCUCUACCCUCCUUCCAGGCAAGUAGGAGGCAGUAUCAGAAUUCCAGGACACAUUCCUGCCAGGCAAAACCAUUCAGGGAGGGUGCAAAGCAGGGAUCAGUGAGGGAUGUGGCCUGGGGAGAUUCAUGAGGACUGCAGUUAGCCCUUCCACCCCCAAGUCCUGAAGUUCUUCAUUCCGGUAUCCUAUUACUUCCCAAUGAAGAGUGGUUGCAACUCAUUAGGAUGUGUGUGUGUGUAGAGGAUUUUAGUUGGAUCUUUCCCUAUUAAUCUGUUACAUGUCUGGACCAGUGGGUGCCACAGGUUAGUCUGAGAACUUUAAUUUUUACUAAUAAACCAUGUAGAUGUGGCUGAUGCUUUUGUGUAUCGCUUUCAUAGGCUACUGGGAAGUGAACGGCUUUGGCCUCCUGGGUAUAUACAAGUCAGAUCUAGUUCGCGUUGGAGGCAUGAACACCAGAGACUUUGGGGAAAAGUGGGGAGGAGAGGACUGGGAACUCCUGGACCGGUGAGUGAAGAUGUGCAGCAGCAACUGGCUUUGGGUUCUCUUCUCAUAGGAACAUAGGAAGCUGCCUUAUACUGAAUCAGACCAUUGGUUCAUCUAGCUCAGUAAUGAUGGAUGAAGUCUAAGAGGAAAAGCACAAUGUGGAACAACUAGCCAUUAAAAGCAAUUAACCAAACCGCUAUUAAGCACUAAGUUUCAUCCUCGUAAAAAACUUCCUCCUACACGCAAACAGAGCAAUCUUAUAUAUUCACUCACAAGUAAGUCCCCUUGGUCCAAUAAAAACCCACUGCCGCUGAAGUGUCCCCCUUACUCUUAGUUGGAGGGGUAGUUUCCUGUGGCUGCCAUUCCUGUCCCAACUUCCCACCCUCCGGAUCACUUGCUUAAUCAGAAUUUAGAGUCCCGAUCCUGAUAAAGACCUGGCCCAUGGUGCUUUAAAGAUUCCCCCACCCUCCCAAUCCAAGCUCCACAGAAGCAGGCAGUUCUAGUUAGCCUCUCAUUCCAAUCUCUCUCCUUCCCUCUCCUCCCACAGGAUCUUUCAGGCUGGCCUGGAGGUGGAACGACUCUCUCUCAGAAACUUCUUCCACCAUUUCCACUCCAAGCGGGGCAUGUGGAACCGACGGCAGCUGAAGAUGUGAUGAACAUUUGCACUCGCAGUGCAGACUUUAUCCAGGCAUGUCGAGGAGAAGCCUCCAGUACCACAGAAGUCAGAACAUGAAUUUAGGCGUUAUGAGAAAAUAAGUUCAGGUGCAGAACUGAGAGUUUUUAUCUUGUGAGAAAAAUGAAAAUGGGAAGAAAACGAUCCUACCUCUAGUGUCUUACAUCCACGACAGCGAUCUUUUUAAGAGCACAAAACCAAACUUUUUCACCAGCAUGUCACAGAUGCAUUCUGGGAAGCAAAAAGCACACAUAGGAAGCUGCCUUCCUCUACGUCAGACCAAUUGGUCCAUCUUAGCCCAGUAUUGUCUGCACUGACUGGAAGUGGCUCUCCAGGGCUUCAAGCAGGAAACAUUGUCUGCCCUACCUGGAAAUGCCCCAGAUUGAAUACGGGACCUUCUGCAUAAAAAGCAAGUGCUCUACCACCAAGCUAUAACCCUUCCACUUUCCUCUUCCCCUGCAUCAUCCCUCUGCCUCAAAAGCCUCUUUUUGUGGUGCCUUCCUACUUCUUCCGAGGUUUUACUGAAAUGCUUUCACUUCUUAGAAGCAUCAGUAAUGCCGCAGUUCUCUGGUCAACGGGUACAAAUGAAAAGGAGUGCCUUCCACAGUAUGUUAGAAAGAGGAAUAUAGCCUCGUUAUGUGUAGUGUGAGUUGUUUUUAAUGAUGCUUCUUUUUUUGAGAUACUUGAACGAAAACUGUGUCCUGAAAUCCAUGCCUUUGGACCAAAGUCACUCUGAUAUGUGGGCUGUGUCCGAUUACCUGUGCAUAAGCCCAGCCAGGACAUACUAAAGGGGCCUAGCGGAUUCUUCUCCUCGCUUAAUGCAUAUUGUGCUCUGCUCAGGUACAGCAAAAAGAAUUAUGUUGAAGCCUUCACCUUGUGGCUUGCCUGCAUCUGUAUUUCUCAAUAAGCUGCCUCUCUCUCUCUCUCUUACCAUUAAGCUGGGUCAAAACCCUGUUAGGACUUGAGAUAGGUUUUUGGCACAGAAUUGUGUUUAUCCUGACAGUCAUAUGAAAUGGGGAAAACAGGGAACUGGAAAUAUGAACUUGAGACAACAACCCUUGAAUAGCCUAGAACUCAAGAGAUUAAUUUACAGCAGGAAUAAGGAAACUGUGGCCUCCCAGAUGUUGUUGGGCUACAACUGCCUAGCAGGACCAGUGGUUAGGGAUGAUGGGAACUGUAGUCCAAAACCAGCUGGACACCCAAGUUUGGGAAACGCUGAUCCCUGACAACUGGCCAUGCUGAUCAGUUGGGGUUCUAACAACAUUUGAAGGGCCAAAGGUUCCCCAUCCCUCAUUUACAGUGCAAUCCUGGGCAUAUUUUUUAGAAGUCCCAUUGAGUUAAAUAGCUUUUAUACACUGUCUUCCCACCCCUUCUAUUUAUUUUGUAGUUUUAAUGUUGGUUUGUUUGUACUCUGAUUUUCAUGUGUUCCAAGCCACCCAGAGGCGGGGGAAAUAAUCUUUUUUGAAGGACAAAAUAUAUUUUGUAAAAUUAAUUGAUAAAUUAAGGUUAUGGUUUUGUUACUAUGUUUUGGUACUGAUUAUGUAUGAAGACCAGGUGUCCUUGCAUCAGAAAAUAUGUAAGAAAAUUAGCUAUCUACGCUGCAGUUUUGGAAGGAGUGGCAAGAAGUUGUGCAAACUCAAAGUCAGAUUUGGGCCUGACACCUUCAGGAAACAAACCAGUCCUUAAAGCAGGUCACACAAAAUGGGUAACAGCUGUGUGUAAAAUGAGGAGCUGAGUUGGUUCAUUGAUGAAGGUGGGUUAAAGUGUGUGUGCCAAAUGAUAAUGGGAAUGGCAUUUUCUGUCUCUGGAAACAUAUGAGUUUCCAGACUCCUUUCUUUUUUUAACUCUGUCUUCACCCACUGUAACCCCACCCCCAUGCAGCAUAAAAUUAUUGUAGUUUUUCAAGCCUCAGUGUGGAGAAGGAGGGGAUGAGGCAAGGAAAGGAGGAUGUGGGUUGGCCUGUGGGUCAGUGGUUCCCCCAACCCAAUUUAAAAACAAAGUAAACCUCUUUCUUCAGAACUAUUAUUUAAUCCUGUUUAAAUGUGUGCAGAUUUCAUUGAUUCAACAAUAUCUCUUUGACUUAGUGACACACAGAUGCAUAAACAUCAAACGCUGGAUGUGUGUAUCAGGAUUGGGUUUUGCUAUGAAGUCAAAGAAGGAAAUUCUAAGGGCCUAUGCUGAAAGGACUUACCUGUAUGAAUCUAUUGUUUGUUUGUUCCAGUGUCAUCAAUGUCACCUUCACUGAAGUACCUCUACACCUUUUAUAGCUUGUGUGAAUAUCUGAAAUGUUCUUUGGUAUAUUUAAAUUGAAAUGUGUGCCUUAUUGACGAGUCCCAAACCUUUUCUUACUUGCAAGAGGAAGCAUAAGUGCCUCCAUUUACAAAUACAGAUUCCUUACAGAAAAUGUGUGUGGUGUCUUUUUCUGACCCUCAAAUGCCUGCCUGCAAAGUGGACCAAUCUAAUGUGAAAUUUUUGCAUAUGGGAUCUGUCUCCUCUUCUGUAUCUGGGUAGCUAUGUACUAUUCUAUAAAAGGAUAUAAAAGAAAGAUGUUUAG